AGGCAGACAGUGAGGGCACAGCUGACUCAUUGCUGCUUACUAAAGCUAGCGAGGGCGUGGCCUGCCGGCACAGUAAACAUGUGACGUAGCCGCGCUGGCAGCGUGCCGACGUCAUGGAUGCGGUUGAGGGUGAAGUGAACUCGUUGAAGCCGGUUUAGCUGGGCGGAUCUCCCAGCAGUGCGCAUUGACCGAGUGCAGUCAGACCGUCAGACUGUCAGCAUGGUGCGGCGUGAGCGGACUGCGGCUGGAGAGCAUCGUGUCACCCGGUGCUGACAGCACCACAGCGGCCGGAGAGCAUCGUGUCACCCGGGGCUGACAGCACCACAGCGGCUGGGCGCUAUACAGCUGGCAGUGCCACUAGGACUGGGCAUUAUUCAGCUGGUACUGGGCUUUAUACAGCGGGUACUGAAAUAGAACUGGGCAUUAAACAGUGGGUACUGCUAUAGGCACUGGGCAUUAUACAGCUGGCAGUGCCACUAGGACUGGGCAUUAAACAGCGGGUACUGGGCAUUAAACAGCGGGUACUGGGCAUUAAACAGCGGGUACUGGGCAUUAAACAGCGGGUACUGGGCAUUAUACAGUAGGGACUGGGCAUUAUACAGCUGGCAGUGCCACUAGGACUGGGCAUUAAACAGUGGGUACUGAAAUAGGGACUGGGCAUUAUACAGCUGGCAGUGCCACUAGGACUGGGCAUUAAACAGAGGGUACUGCUAUAGGGACUGGGCUUUAUACAGCUGGCGGUGCCACUAGGACUGGGCAUUAUACAGCUGGCAGUGCCAUUAGGACUGGGCUUUAUACAGUGGGUACUGCUAUAGGGACUGGGCUUUAUACAGUGGGUACUGCUAUAGGGACUGGGCAUUAUACAGCGGGUACUGUCACUAGCACUGGGCUUUAUACAGCGAACAUCACCUCACCCACUGGGCACUUUCUCUAGUACUGUGCAGUGCCUCUAGGACUGGGCUCUAUGCAGGUGGCAGUGCCACUUGGACUGGGCUCUAUACAGUGGGCAUCACCAUAGGGAUUGGACUCUACAUAGCUGGCAGUGCCUAAAGGAUUGGGUUCCACACAGUGGGCAUCACCAUAGGGACAGGGCUGUACAUAGCUGGCAGUACCUCUAGGACUGGACUCAAUACAGUGGGCAUCAUCACAGGGACUGGGCGUUAUACGUCAAGCAGAGGUUGUUAUAUGAAUAGAGUUAGCUGUAGGCAGCUGCUGAUUGCCGCCUGUGCCAGAGUACAUUAUAUGCCACCUCAGCUCCUCAUGCAGGAUCCUAUACCCGCAGAUUAAGGCACUACCAGCGCCUGGAGCAGGUUAGUAUACAACAGACACAUUAACCUGUCAUCAUAAGGGGGCUGUGUGAGGUUCAAUGAAAAUAUAUAUUGUUACUGUGCUAGUAACUGGAAUACUACAUAAUACAUAAAUAUUAUGAAAUGCAAAAAAUCAUGGGUUUUGUUUACUAACGCAGCAAUUGAUAGCUAAUAAGUAAUUUAUACACUUUAUUAGCGUAGUUCUAAAUUGUGCUCCUGUCUGUGUUUUUUUUGUUUUGUUUUUUAAAUGUCCCCACAAUCCUCAUAUUGGUGAACAAAGUCUGGAGCGUUGCAUUUACCGGUGUAUGUUCUUAUACUUGUGUUUGUGGGUGAACAAGAUUGAGUUUUCACUCUGUCAUUUGCAUUUUUUUUUUUCACAGGGGCCCUGCAUUGUUUAUUGAACGUUGACCAAUAAAAGCCUUGAAAAUGACACUCUCCCAGAUCACCUUCCAAAUCAAAGGAAAAACAUUGCCAGGUAAAUUGUAAUUAUAUUAAUUCACAAAAUGAUGUAUAGAGUCCCACAAGGGGAAACUAACAUCAGGAGAGCUCCACUGUUAUAAGAAAUGAGGAAGGGGGGGCUCUACCUUUUAAUCUAAGGAUAAGAAGGGAUAUGCAAACAAAAAGUACAACUCGAAAAAAGGAGUACUAAAUUGCAUCUAAGUCUUAGUUCCCCUAGUGUCAGAAUGACGGGAAGUUAGUGUAAAUUAGGUUAGGGAGAAUUGAGAGAAUUUUUUUUUUUGUUUGUUUUUUUAAGGCUUUUCUUCUGAGUUUAGAGCAGAUUAUCUGGUCCCUUGUUCUCUGUGGACCAUGUGCCUUUUCUCUCUCCCUAACCUAGUUUACAAGAGCUUUCUGUCAGUCGGACACUAGGGGAACUGGGACUUGUAAUUUAGUACUCCAGUUAAUGGAUCCCCUGGGCACAGUUUAGUAGAUAUCCUUUUUAUCCUUAGAUUGAUUAAAGGUAGGGCCCCCUUCCUCAUUUCUUAUAACAUUGGAGCUCUCCAGAUUUUAGUUUCCAUUGGUGGGACUCUAUACCUCACUUUCUCCUAUUACCUAAUUAUAUUAUUUUUUUAGUUGUCUCUUUUUGUGAUGUCAUUGUGUUUUGUAACUUUUGGCUGGACACAGAAAUAUGAGUUAUGGUUUUUGUUUUGUUUAGGAACUCUUUAAAUAAAAGAACACUCCUCUCCUAAUAACAACUUUAGCUCAUUGAAUUUGUUAUUGGGGCAGUGUUGGCCAUGUGCAGUCUAACUUUCAUUUACCAUUGCGCCUGAAAUGGCUGCCCCUCUCUGAUUCCUUCUUCUCUAAAUCCAUAUCAUGAGGAAGAUUUAGCAGAUGUGGCUGGUAGGCUGUUAAAGCACUCUACCUAUUGCUGGUUGCCAUUGAGAGAAAUCUGUACAAUUGUUUGCGAUAGCGUUUACAGCUCUCAGAUUAUUACUGACCCCUCGUGGCAAGUAGUGCUUCAAAAUUGUAGGGAUCUUUACUCUAAUAAGCAAACUUCCUAAGAACGGAGUCAUCACAGGCAAUUUCCCAACUUGCUUUCUCAUUAUCUAAUGUCAUUCAGAAUUUGAGUUUCUAGUUAGUCUGUGGAUAGAGAAAGGAAUACUUAAUUUGUGAGACCUCCUAAGUAUAGUAAAUUCAAUGCCAGGUCAGUACUUCUUUGUCUUGCAGUGGGUCACAUUUGUUCAGCAUCUAAAGUGCAAGCAGAAUUACAUAUAAUCACUGGCACCAAGGUAUUUUUUUUUAUUUUUUUUUGAAAGAUGGAGGCGAUGAACCUUGGACAUUCUUUGGGCUUGAGAGUUGUUAAUUGGAAGGGAUGGCUCCUGAUAAGGUUUUUCCAGGAAAGUUGGAUUUCUGUAGCAUAUUUGUCCUUGGCAUCUGGCAUUCAAGAGGAUUAGUGCUUGUUUGUUAGAAUGGAUUGUGUUUACAGUUUUAAAAUUCUGCAGGUGACCUUUCAACACUGGUACAAACCUGUUUCACAGUUUUCGAGUGUAUGCAUAUCCUCAUUGGCUUCUGCUACUUAGUGGUUUUAAAGAAACACUACAAUUUUUAAUUUUUGUUAUUUGCCACUGUAUCAUGAUACAUUUUAUUAAAUAAUUGUUGUUAGUGUUAAAAUUUCCCUUGUUUUUCUGUCUGGUAAGAGGGAUCUUAACUUCUACUGCGUUUUAUUGAGAUUCUAAUGCUAUUCAUGAAUUUCAUUUGAUAAAGAAGGGACUACUUCAUCUUACAGGCCAAGCUAUGUUUGACAUGGUGACUCUUAAAGGGACAUUUAAAAGGUGUAUUCCUCUGCCCCCCAGUUGUGAAAGAAUGAAAAAAAACUUUUUAUAGUUUAAAUUAUUUUAUAUCUAUGUAUUUUAGGUGAAUGUAUAUGUUAAAGUAAUAGAAUACUUUUAUUCUGUAUAACAAGUUUUCUCUUUUACUAAAUGUUUGCUCCAAUAAACAGGACCCAAAAUGUGAUGAAACGAGCAAUGCAUUGGGCACUUACUGGGUUAAACAUCUGAGAACAUUGGUGUGUUAGUAAAAAUGAUAAGGUUUCUGUCCUCCACCCCACAGCGACCAAUCAGCUCUUUUCUCUCUCUACGGUAGAUAUCCCCACUUAGGUAGUACAGAAGAGAGUGCUCUUUGAGCCAGGUAUGAGGCUCCUGGAUCUCCACAGACAGUGAUUAGACCCAUUUAGGAGUAGAUAGGGUGACCCCCAGCAUGGUGACCUGAAAACAGUAGAAAGCAAGCAAGUGGGUACCUGUGGGCAUGGUACUCCAUGGCGGCAUUCCGGCACACUCUUUUCACAUUUUGGUUCCUAAGGACUCCUCUAGUGGCUGUCACUCAGUAAGCUCAAGUGUUUCCUCUUACAAGCAUAGAAACCGCAAAAGGACCAGCGCCAAUUAACAGAUCACAUAGGGGCAGCAACUUAAACCCUUUAAGCAAAAACAUAAGAAAAGGGCUGUGCCUAAAAUAUACACAGAUUACUAUAAAAUGUCUAAUACUAGGUAGGUCUACUAAUAAAUAUAAAAACAAUAUAAUAGUCCCACAAAAAGUCUAGAAUAAAAGGUACCUUUAUAUCAGGCAAAAAGUUCUUCUCUAGAAGGGUAUGUAGGUUUCAGAUUUGCUAGCAUAGCAUAAAAAGACAUCAAGCAGAAAAUCUACAAAAGUGCAAUAUACCAAUGUAACCAGAGUGUGUAUAAUCAGAAAACGAUGGGUUACUCACGUAUAGUGGAGCUAUAGCCAGCUCCAGCAUAGAGCAUGCACUGGUAUAAUCCCCACUUACAGGAUAUGAUGUCAGUGUUCUUAAUGGGAAAGGUGCCAGAAACCGAAAAAUGAAUAAAAAGCAACAAAGUGUUCUCUGUAGGAUAAAAUAUACUCCCAAAGGUAGAGCAGACCAACUGCUCUUUUAGUUAAGCAAUGGUGGUAUGAUCCUCACCUAGGAUUCUUUGGCGUAAAUAAAAGCACUAUCAAUUGUGGGCAGAUGACAUGUCCCACAGGGCCUUCAUCUGCCCACAUAAAGAUAGCGGCUAGGUCCAGGCCAGAAAUAAAGAUUUAUUUAAAAAAAAAAAAAAAAAGUACAAUGGGGGCGGGGGCAUUUGGGCGUGACUAGAGGGACAAUAAAAUGUAUUGCAUUUGUGUGUGGGGGGUGGAUGAUGGAGGGGAUAAAAAAAAAAAAUGUCCAGUAUCUAGUAGUCACACCGUUUUGUGUGUGUGUGUGUUUUUUUUUUAUUUUUUUUAUUUUUUUUGAUGCAAUCCCUCUGGAUAGUCAGAUGCUACAAGAGGGAGACGUGAUUGUGGAGAAUCAUUAACGGGACACUGCAGUGCCAGGAAAACAAUCCGUCCCCUCCCACCCCAAGGUUAAAACCCCUUCAGUGACUUACCUUUAUCCAGCGCCGAUGUCCCUGGGUCUUCCCCCGCUGACGUCAACGGGGGAGAUCGAAUGAGCAUGCGCGGCAAUGCUGCGCACACGCAUUACCGUUCCCCCUAGGAAAUAGAGAUUUCAGCGACGCUGAAGGUCCUCACAUAGCAUGAGGACCUCCAGCGACGCUAUAGCACUGAAAAUAUGUGCUACAAACCAGGAAGUGCCCUCUAGUGGCUGUCUAGUAGACCGCUACUAGAGGAGGCGUUAACCCUGCAAUGUAAAUAUUGCAGUUUAUAAAAACUGCAAUAUUUACAGUUGCAGGGUUAAGGGUAGUGGGAGUUGGCACCCAGACCACUCCAAUGGGCAGAAGUGGUCAGGGUGCCUGGAGUGUCCCUUUAAGUCCCUGUUUAUUCCUAAGGCAUAUAUAUUGUUUUACCUCUAAUUGCUGUGGCAAUGUUCAUAAUCCUCACUCAGGAGAAUCCAUACCUUAAGGAUUGCUCUAGUAAACCACGUUUAAAGAAAAGUGUGUGUGUAUAUGUAUAUAUAUAUUUUUUUUUUUUUGCCCCUGAAGCACCCACCCACUGCAAAUUCCUGUGAAAUAUCUUCAGUCAGCACACAAGCCGUUAUAGAAAGUUGCUGUUUAUUGAUAAGGGCAGAAGUAAAAUUAGCAAAGAGCAAUACAAGCGUAACUGGAACUAAGAUCUAGAUAAUCCAAGAUUGAAAUGCCAAUUCGUUUUGUGCAGAGUUGUGCUUUAUUUAUUUUUAUUUAUAAAAUAUUUUACCAGGAAAGAUACAUUGAGAUUUCUCUCGUUUUCAAGUGUGUCCUGGGUCCACAAAUAUUGCAUUGUUACAUUAGGGUACAAUAAAAUACAGAAACAAUAUUAAUACACAAUAUAUACAAAAUUUAACAUAGAACAGGUAGGAAAUAUAUAAUCAACCAUGACAGGUGCAUUCUGUUUUGAGGUAUGUAGAGAGGGAUCUCUUAAAGGACUUUAGGCUUAGGGAAGAUUUUAAAUUGUGCGGGAGGUCGUUCCACAAUUGCGGUGCUCUGUAGGAGAAGGAGGAUCGGGCUGCUUUCUUUUUGUAUUGAGGUAGACUAAGUAAAGUGUUGGUACUGGAUCGGCGGUUAUAGGAGGUGGGAACAGCCGAGGAAAGCAUUUUGUUCAGGUAGGGUGGGCGUUUCCCAGAAAAGCUCUUAAACACUAGGCUGUAAAGAUGAAGGGUGCGACAGCCAGUUUAGUUAUUUUAGCAUGUCACAAUGGUGAGUCCUGUAAUUACAUUGUAGCACAAAUCGGCAGAACGAGUUAUACAAUGUAUUGAGUUUAUUAAUGUGGGAUUGCGAUGCAGAUGCAUAUACUACAUCCCCAUAAUCAAUGAUUGGCAUCAGCGUUUGCAGUACAAUCUUUUCCUUUACUUUAGGGAUUAGGCAGGAUUUGUUUCUGUACAGGACACCUAGUUUUGGCUAAAGUUUAGAUGCAAGCUUUUCUAUGUGCAGGCCAAAAGCUAGAUUGGGGUCUAACAUCAUACCCAAGUAUUUGAAAGAGUGGACUGUGGUCAGUGUGCCAUUUGAAUUUGUUUUGAUAGGUGGGAAUUGUGUAAUUUGUGUAAUUUAGGUACUGUUCCAAAGAUCAUUGUGACAGUUUUGUCAGUGUUCAGGAAGAGUUUGAUUUUUGCAAUCCACUUUUCUACCUCUGUAAACUGGUUUUGGAGCACAGCCUCCAGCUGCGGUAGAUCAGAAUUGUUCGCAUAGAUUACUGUCUCAUCUGCGUACAUGUGUACAUUUGAGGAUUUGCAAACAUUAGGCAGAUCAUUUAUAAAUAUGUUAAUAGUAGGGGGCCGAGAAUGGAACCUUGGGGAACACCACACGUGACUGGGAGAGGGAGGGAGUCGCUGUCAGAAAUGGACACAUAUUGAGAGCGAUCCGAUACGUAUGAUCAAAACCAGUUUAGCGAACGAUCACCAAUACCUGAGUUUUUGAGUUUGUGCAGUAGAAUGUCGUGCUCUAAAGUGUCAAAGGCCUUAGCAAAAUCAAGGAAAAUAGCUCCAGUUAGGUCUCCUUGUUCCAUGCCAGUUUGGAUGUCAUUGCAAACUUUUAAGAGGGCAGUUGUAGUGGAGUGAUUCUGGCGAAAAUAGCUCCAGUUAGGUCUCCUUGUUCCAUGCCAGUUUGGAUGUCAUUGCAAACUUUUAAGAGGGCAGUUGUAGUGGAGUGAUUCUGGCGAAAGCCAGAUUGAUCAGGAGUCAGAUAGUUUGAUUGUUGGUAGUACUCAUAUGGACACAUUUUUCUAAGAUUUUUGACAAUACCGGGAGCAAUGAUAUUGGGCAAAAGUUAGAAACCAAAGUAGUGUCACCACUAUGGAUAGGCACUACUCUCGCAAUUUUCCAAAGUUUGGGUAUGUAUCCAGACUGCAAGGAUUCGUUAAUUAGAGUUGCGACGGGUUUAACAAUUGCCGGCGCACUGAGCUAAAACAGCAUUGCUGGGAUUUGAUCAGGUCCGGACUGGUUUUUCAUUUUUAGAUUAUUAAGAUGUUUUUCAAUGACACUAACAGGUACAGGUCUAAAAAUGAACUUGUCUAUAUUGGGACUUUGCAAAUUUAGUGGGGCCUGAUCCACAUUUUUAGUUUCAGGAUGCGUGUCAUUUAUUAGCUUGGCAAUCAGGGCAGUAGAGCAUCCAACAAAAUAAUUGUUAAAGGCAUUUGCUACAUCUAAGGAAGUUGCAGGGUUUGGUUAUCCACUUUGACAGUGGAGGGUUGGGAGUGGAUUGGGGGAGUUUGUAGUUUGUUUAUGACUUUCCAAAAGUUUCUAGGGUUUGAGAUGUUAUUGUUCAGAUUUUCAUAGAACUAUUGGGCCUUGGCCAAUUUUGUUUGUUUUGUGCGUAUAUUUCGCCAUUGUCUAUAUGCACGGUGAUCAUUCAUUCAGAGCCAGUACGCUUAAACUUUGACCACAAAGAAUCCUGAAACUGGUACAUUUCGAUGAGGUCAGCUGUGAUCCAGUUCAUGUGUGCUCCUUUUACCCUCACCUUACGCAGCGGGGCAUGCAAAUUCCAAAUUUGUAGGUGUUCAGACUGAAAGAAUUCAACAGCACAGUCUAGAUCUGGGAUAAUGUUUAAUCUGUGCCAUGGGAGGUUCUUGAUGUCCUUUUAGAAAGGAUUCAAGAUUACAUUUUUUGAAGGGCCUAGUUAUUUUAACCUUGGGAGUGGAUUUAAUAGCUUUUAUUUUGCGCACGCAGCACACUAAACAGUGAUCACUGAAAGUGUUUGGGAGAACACCGACCUCCUGGAUUAUAUCAGAAGUGGAGAGAAUCCAAUCUAGCAGGGUAUGGUUAUGGCUUUUAAUGUUUAUGCGAGUCGGGGAGGAGAUUAAUUGCGUUAGCUGCAAAGUCUUAAACAGUGUGCAAGAACUAUUAUUUUUAGGAUUCAGCCAAUCAAUAUUUUUAAUUCUCCAAAGACCAACAGUUCACUUUUUGGGUUUUAAGCAAUGGUUUCACUAAGGAGAUGGGUUAUGUCAGAAAGGGAAUGCACAGGGGAUCUAGGUGGGCGGUAGAUUCCUGCAACAAUGAUUGAUUUACUGCACGGGAUCUCAAUUGUGCCAGAAAGGAAAUCAAAGGUGGCAGGAGGACUAAGGUUUUGUAAAGGGGUAAACUUUAUGGAAUUGUCAACAUAAAUAACAAUGCCUCCUCCUCUCUUUGCUCUGUCAUUUCUAAAACCUGAAUACCCCUGUAUUGCAAUGGCGGUGUCUGGUAUUUUAGUCGUUAACCAUGAUUCUGAGAGCACAAUGAUUUUUGGUUUGUAAUGGGAACACCAGGCUUGCAGUGCAUCCAGUUUAGGGAGUAAACUAUGGAUGUUGCAGAGCACAAAAGACAGGCUUUUUUUAGUGGGGAGAUUAGGACUAGAAUUAGCUGGGGGACCAGGGUUAGACGCCACAUCAUUUGCAAGGGCAAGUAACAUAAGGAGUAGGAUUUGGACAUCAAUUUUGUUUGGCCAUAUAGUGAAUGGGAUACUUUAUAAUUUUGUGAGGUGGGGGUAGGAGGGCUAUUUUUUUUUUUUUUUUAGAACUCUCCACCAGCACUCGGCAUAUAAGUUACAGGAACAGGUAUGAGGUGUGUAGUUGAAAAUGAAACAGAAAUCACGAAAAACCAAAAAUUAAAUAAAAGUAUAUAGUAUUGGUGUGUGAUAUAUCUAUUUGUAGGGAGAGAGGGUAUGUGUUCUAUAGGGUUAAGAGAUUGGAAGGGUGUGCUGAUCAGUGUUUGCACCUGUCAUUUCAGGAGAUUGAAAGUUGUGUGGGAGACUAUCUAUAAAUGAGGAAAUAAGCAUGGGGUGGGUGGGAGGAAAACCAGUCUUCCAGAAGGCUACCUGUUUCAAAUGGUCAUGGAACAGCUGAUGGAACUCUGAUUUCUAUGCUGGACUGGGUAUGUAAUGAUAAAUAAAUGAUCAUUGGACUCCAAUUCUUGUUGUAUUACUAUUUUAUUUCCCUCCUGUAGCACUACAGUUUGGUAUGGUUGGCUUUAUAGGACAUUUUUUGCAAAAAAAAAAUCAGUAUUGCGAUUUGCUCUGAGCGUCUUACCCUGUGCACUCCCAUAGUCUUCCACUUUUCAUAGUAUUCCAUCAGUGCGUUUUGUGCAGUUUGUACUAGCUGUGUGUGGUUGUCCUGGCUGUAUGUGUGUACGCGCUGGCUGUAUGUGAUGGGUUUGCGGGCACGCGCUGGCUGUGUACACUGACCCAUGCACAGCACAGAUUACCAGCUGAUGGUCACUAGUGGUUGUGCAGUCUGUUAUCUGCUCUGCCUUCUCUUCAGUUUUUUGCCGAGAUAUGACGUCACACCGAGGCCAGCAGCCAUUUGUUCUGAGUAGUUGGCUGCUGCUGGCCCUUGUUACGUUGUCUCUGUAUUUGUUUCUGGGUGGGUAAGUCCGGCUCUGCACCUACCAGAGAUACACUGCCUGUCUGGCACAAACUUCCCCAAGGCAGCCUCCAUGUCUCGGGCAUUGAAGGUAUAAAUUCUAUGAUCCCUGCUACUGUAAGAUUUGCUGUGAAAUAUUAAAAUUGUAUGCUUAAGAAACACCCCCACGCUGACAUUUCCCUCUCUGAGAACAUUGUGUGUUAUUUAAAAAUAAUCUUUAAAUUGCAGAUUUAAAAUAAUGAGCUGUCACUUAAAGAAGAAAUAAAAUAGUUGUUUAAUUGAUUAGGUCUUGAUAGAUCAGAACCGCUUUCAGCAGCAAUUCCAUUUAAAAGGAUAACUCCAGAGGAAGUAUAAAGAUCCUUAUUUGAAUACUUUAAACAAUGUUCCAAUAAAGAAACUAUGCAGUGUUUAAGCAAGAUGAAUAAUGCAGGAGUUGUGCAGGAUAUAUUCAGGAUGCAAUUUAAAUACAGGUAUAAAUGGAAGCACAGUGAACUGAUUUAUGAAUUGGCUGAGAUCACCCCUUGGAAGGAUCAGACUGAAUGAAUUGAACAAAGUAUCAAUUCCUUGUAUAACAAAAGAACUUAGCUUGUUGGAGGAGGUUGGUGACUAGUGUGAGUCCUUUCCGUGUUCAGGGAAUAUAGUCAGAGUGCGUUCCGUGUCCAGGGAGUAUAGAGUUCAGCAAGCUCGGUUUGGAAGUUUAGAAGUUUGGUACACAGCUUGAUAGGUAGCUCAGACAGCACUUUCGGAGUACCUGCAGCUUCCUUUUAACACUGGAGCGUGUGAUGUCAGAUGCAUGGGCUGGGGCGGAUCGUCAUAAACCCGGAAGUGACUGCAGGUGAGAUUGCUUUUCGCUAAUCAUGACACAAACUUCCGCUUCCGUUGUCCCUAUUAGGGUGAAUUUCUUGAUAGUGGUAAUGCUUCAGAUAUAUACUGAUCAGCCACCACCAUAAAAAAUCUGCCUGAUAUUGUGUAGGUAAUGCUACCCAACAGCUGUGUAGCAACGAAGCAUGGACUUCACAAGACCUUUUAACGUGUCCUGUGGUAUCUGUCACUAAUACUGUAGCAGCAGAUCCCUUAAAUCCUUAAAGUUCUGAGGUGGGCCUCCAUAGUUUAGAUUUGUUGUUCCAGGACAUCCCACAGAUACUCAAUCUGGAAUUUGGAAGCCAAAGUAACACCUUGAACUCUGUCAUGUUCCUCAAACUAUUCCUGAAAUUAUUUUUUUCAGUGUGGCAGGGUGCAGGGCCAUCAGGGAACACCAUUGCGGUGAAGGAGUAUACAUAGUCUGCAGCAAUCUCUAGGUAGGCAUUACGUGUCAUAGUAAUUGCCAGGACCAAAAGUUUCCCAGCAGAAUAUUUCUCAUAGUAUAACAUUGCCUUCACAAGCCUGCCUUCUUCCCCUGGUGCAUCCUGCGGAAAUCUCAUAUUCAUCAGACCAGGCAACCUUCUUUCAUUGGACAAGAAAAACGAAAAAAGGGAACAGGCUGUGUCAAAUAUGAAUGUUGAUUAAACAAGUGUAUGAACACAAUAUAUCAAUGUAAAAUUUAAAUUCGAUUUCACUUAUGGAAGUGGUGCGAGAUCAGCUGUGCUCUAGCUGAUCUCGGGGUAUAGAAUUCUGACGGAGGCGCCGCGCAAUCAGCUGAUCCCCUAAUCUGAAGGUGUACCGCGCGGCACACCUUCCAGAUAUAGAAAUCUGAUGGGUGUACUGCGAAUGCUACAUCAAUCAGAUUUCUAUACAACAGGUUUCAUGGUGUACUAACACAAUGGAAAUAGGGAAGAUGCAGAGUUAUGAGAUGGGGGUGACACACAGGGGAAGGGGUUGCUAAUGUUGGUUAUAUACUGGGGAUGGGGAUUUAUGGGAGUGGGUGACACACAGGGAAUGGGUAGGUUAAUGUGGGUUAUACAUUAGAGAUGGGGAGGUUAAUGGGGGUUAAAUACUGGGGAUCAGGGCCGCCACCAGAAAUUUUGGGGCCCCUAACUGAGCUCGCCUCCAAGUCCCGCCCACAGGAAUACACACACAGACACAAACACAUUCACUGAUACAAAAGGACACAGAUACACAUGCACACUGAUACAUACUAACAGACACACAUACUGAUACGCAUAUAGGCAUACAUACUGACACACAUAUACAGACACAUACUAACAUACAUACAGACACAUACAUUUAUACUGGCAUACAGACACUGACAUCUAUACAUACAUACAUACAUACACACACACAUUCAUAAUGACAUGCAGACAUACAUACACUGACAUUCAUACUAACAUAAUGACAUACAGACAUACAUACAUGCAUAUAGACAUACAGACAUUCAUACAUACACCUACAUAGACAUGCAGAGCUCAUUUUCCAGCCACUCUCCUGUCUCUUUUUAACCCCUUAGCGACCGAGGACGGUUCAGGACCGUCAUCGGCAUUUUUGCCUUGAGGACCGAUGACGGUCCUGAACCGUCCUAACGGUCUGGGGGUACUUACCUGAUCGCCGUCGUUCCCCCGGCGGCGAUCAGCGUGGCUCCGGUUGUGGGGAGACUGCCUGCAGCCCAGACAGUCUCCCCACACUGAUUUAGGACCCCUGUGGCCAUGUGAUCGCUUAACACAGCGAUCACAUGGUCACAAUAGGUGUCCAUGUGUCUGCCUGCAGGGGGACUGCCGGUGCUGACAGGCAGUCUCCCUGCUAGUGUAAAAUCAAAAAAUAAAUUAAAGUUAAUGUUAAUAAAAAAAAUUAUAAUAAUUAUAUAGGUGUAUAUAUGAUAUAUAGACCUAUAUUAUAUCUAUAUAAUAUAGGUCUAUAUAUGAUAUAUAUAAUGCCAUACUAAGAGUAUUUUUAUAUUAAUAUGUACUUUUAUUAAUAUAAAAAUACACUUAUAAUUAAAUUACACACUUGUAUAUAUAAUAACUAUAUAUAUUGUGUAUAUAUAUAUAUAUAUAUUAUUAUAAAAUAUAAAUAAUAAGUAAUUUAAAUUAAAUAUUUUUUUUUUAAAUAAUAAAAAUUAAAAAAAAAAUUAUAUAUCUAUAUGAAAUUUUAUUCUAACUGUAUUUUAAAAUUAAUAUAUAUUUAUAUCAAAAUACACUUAGAAUGAAUUUGUAUAUAUAUCUAUGUAUAUAUAAAUAAAUAAAAAUACGAAAUAUACAUAUGUCCAUAUACAAAAUUACAUAAAUAAUUAUAUAAAUAUACACGUAGACUUAAACUAUAUAAAUAUGCAUAUAUAUUUAAAUUCUAUGUGCAUAUUUAUGUAAUAUUUUUACAUAAUUCAGUAAUUUUAUUGAUUGCAAUUUGAGGGACCUGCCUGCCAACCCAGGCCGAAAUUCCAGAGAAUUUAAUUUGCUAGCACUGUAUUUUACCCUGUAACGUUCUACGACACCCUAAAACCUGUACAUGGGGGGUACUGUUUUACUCGGGAGACUUCGCUGAACACAAAUAUUGGUGAUUCAAAACAGUAAAACAUAUCACAGCGAUGAUAUUGUCAGUGAAAGUUACUUUUUUUGCAUUUUUCACACACAAACAGCACUUUUACUGAUGAUAUAAUUGUUGUGAUACGUUUUCAGUUUUUAAACACUAAUAUUUGUGUUCAGCUAUGUCUCCCGAGUAAAACAGUACCCCCCAUGUACAGGUUUUAUAGCAUUUUUGAAAGUUACAAGGUCAAAUAUAUGGGUCAAAUAUUUUUACAUUGAAAAUGGCCAGGUUGGUUACGUUGCCUUUGAGAGCGUAUGGUAGCCCAGGAAUGAGAAUUACCCCCAUGAUGGCAUACCAUUUGCAAAAGAAGACAACCCAAGGUAUUGCAAAUGAGGUAUGUCCAGUCUUUUUUAGUAACCACUUGGUCACAAACACUGGCCAAAAUUAGCGUUCAAUUUAGUUUUUUUACUUUUUUUACACACAAACAAAUAUGAAUUCUUACUUUGGCCAGUGUUUUCGACUAAGUGGCUACUAAAAAAGACUGGACAUACCCCAUAUUGAAUACCCUGGGUUGUCAACUUUAAAAAAAAUAUGUACAUGUGGGGUGUUAUUCAGAGAUUUAUGACAGAUAAUAGUGUUACAAUGUCACUAUUGAUAAAUUUUAAAAAUUUAUGUUUUGAAACCGCAAUAUUCUACUUGUACCUAUAGCCCUAUAACAUGCAAAAAAAAGCAUGUAAACACGGGGUAUUUUUAAACUCAGGACAAAAUUUUGAAUCUAUUUAGCAGUUUUUUUAAUUCGCUUUUGUAGAUGAGUAAAAGCUUUUUCAAGUAAAAGUCAAAAACAUGUAUUUUUUUCAAUUUUUCAUCAUAUUUUUUUAUUUUUUUUAAAAUUAAAAUACAAGAGAUUAUAUAAAUAAUGGUAUGUAAAGAAAGCCCCUUUUGUCCUGAAAAAAAAAAUAUAUAAUUUGUAUGGGAACAGUAAAUGAGAAAGCGGAAAAUUACAGCCAAACACAAACACCAAAAAAGUGUAAAAAUAUGCCUGGUCGCAAAUGUACAACAUCGCAAAAACAGUCCAGUCCUUAAGGGGUUAAAGGGGCCCGGUCACGCUAUACCACGGCCACAGCGAUGACGGGGCCCCUCAAGAUAUAGGGCCCAUCCGGUGGCCCUAAGUGCAUGGGCCACCCGAUAGGCCCCAUCAGUGUGUUAUGGUUGUCACCCACUGAUGGCAGCCCUGCUGGGGAUGGUGGGGUUAAGGGUUUGACAGACAGAUGAUGUGGGGUUGUGGAGUGACAGGGGAUCACCAUCAUUAACCCCCCCCCCCCCCAUCCCUGUGUGUCACACCAUAACCCCCCCAUCCCCAGCAUAUAACCCACAUUAACUCCUCCCUCCCCAGUAUAUAACCAUUCUAUAUCUGAAGGAUGUGCCUUGUGCAUGCGCGGUACACCCUUCACUAACGUUGAUGCGGGUGCACUGGAAGUGACAUCCGUAUAGAAAUCUGAUGCAUAUAGAUUUGACACAGGUGUUCUAUCAGAAAAGUAUAUCUAUUACAUUUUUAUGUGGACGUCACUUCCGCAACCUCUGACGCGGGCUUAUCUGGUGUACCGCACAUGCACGCGUCACAUCCUUCAGAUAUAAAAUGGUUAAUGAGGGUUAUAUACUGGGGAUGGAGGGGUUUAUGGGGGUGGGUGACACACAGGGAGGGUUUUUUUUUUAAAUUUUUUUUUUUUUUUAGUUCUUUAUUUUUGAUAGUGCAUAGCAUAACAAUUGGCUAAAUAGUGACAUUCCACAAGAGUGUGAAUAUUGAGUAGGACAUGUCAGCAUACAGCACUUUUUAUAGUAUUUGGAAAAAUAGGUUUAGGGAAGAGUAGAAUACAUGUCAGCAGAAGAUUGUAGGUGAAAAACCUCAAAACGUACGUAGUGACAUGAGAAUGAGCUAUUAAUACCACUGGGUUAGUGAGCAAGUAAAUAAGAAAAAUAUAGAUUUGGGAGAUUAGUAGUACAGUGCAGAAAGUCUGUCCCCUCAGAUGAUGCUCACAGACGGAGGGCUAUGGACGUCAGUAGUUGAGAGUUUAUGGAGGCAUGGGGAGGCUCCCUUGCAGCUCGAUGUGUCGGUGAGAGCCCGACAGUUGGACCUUCGUGGCUCAUGCCGCUGUCCCUGCCGAGGGGAAAUCCAUUUACUACGCAGGCGACACAGUGUUGUUUGUGUUUUUGGGGUCCGUGCGAGGUUGUGACCCUGGGCCGCCAUGGUCGGUGCGUUGUGAGUGUGUGUCUGUCGCGGUCUUCGAGCUCUUCUCACCUCCCUGCGGCGUUUGUUGCAGUCUCCUGCGCCUCCUUCUCAGAGUAGUCCAGCGUUGGCCGCAGGGGUGAUGGCUGGUUACUGGGCGUCGGGACGUUGGUCAGCUCCCAGGUACACUGAUGGGAGUAGCGGUGGGUAUCCGAUCCCUCAGCUUCGCACAGAAUUGAGCACAUAGCUUGUCAAAGGCUUGAAGUAGCGGGUCAGCUUGGGUGGGCCGUCCCGAGUAUCUUGGUUCUGUAGGCCUCAACUGUCUAUGGCACUGUGCAACGCCGUUUGCAGUUGUUAGUCACACAAGGGUACCAGUGGGGACCAGGAUAACCCCCACCGGGGCAGGGGGGGAGGGGGACAGAGCUCUUAAGCCGAUGCUUGGUAGUCGGGGGCAGAGGAGCGACCGCCUCCUCCACCUCGAGUGUGCCAGAAGGCUGCAGCUGGAGCCUUACAUGAGUUAUGCCUGUCCCAAUCAAGCACUUUCAGGCUCAACUUGUGCCCAGGUGCCUCACGAAGAAGGUAAGCAGGUUUGUGCCAACAGUCUGCUAGUAGAAGUCAGAUUUUCAGCUAAGUUUAAGGAUUUCCCUUAGGAGCUUCGGCAAUGUGCGACCAUCUUGGGCUGCGAUGAGGCACCACCCCCAGGGAGGGGGUUAAUGGGGAUGGGUGACACACAGGGAGGGGGUUAAUGGGGGUGGGUUAUUCACCUGGAAUGGGUGGGUGACACACAGGGGGUUUGAGGGUUAAUGAUGGUGAUCCCCUGACUGUCACACCACAACCCCACAUAAUCUUUGUCACCCAAUUAACUCACUAAUCCCCAGUGUGUCACCCCAUUAACCCUUCAAUCCCCAGUAUAUAACCCUCAUUAACCUCCCCAUCCCUAGUGUGUCACCACCAUCCCAUAACCCUGCAUCUUCACUAUUUCCACUGUUUUAGUACACAGUGAAACCUGUUGUAUAGAAAUCUGAUUGAUGUACCGCUCGCAUUCUCAGUACACCCAUCAGAUUUCUAUAUCUGGAAUGUGCACCGUACACCUUCAGAUUAGAGGAGCAGCUGCUCCUGCGUCAUUGGAGGAUGUGCGCAGCGCCUCCGUCAGAAUUCUUUACCCUGAGAUCAGCUAGUGCGCGCACCGGAAGUGACGUCCGUAUUGAAUUCUGAUAAGUAUACUUAUCUUAUAGAACACCGGGAUUUUUCUGUAGAAUAAAGCAUGGUCAAUGCAGAUGCAAUUGUUGGUUAUAGUUUUACUUUAGACCAAAAUACAUUUUCUGGAUUGCUGAUUUUUCCUUAUUCAUUGAUUUGCCUACAUUUUCCAACUUGCAUAAGGGGGAGGGAGGGGGGGGGGUACAGAAGUAAAGAGGGGUGGGGGUUGGGGUGCUAUCUCAUUAUCUAUUUGUUGCAUAUAAUUCGGGUGUGUUGUGAUUCCCUUUCCCUUGUAUCUUUUCUUACCCCCUUUGGGGGGGGCUGUAUGUCGUGCGGUUUUCGGUCAGGGGGGAGUGUUAGUCGUGCGGGUGGUCCGUAUGAGCCUGCUAGGGCUGUUGUGGAGGUCUCUGUAUGGGUACUGUCCUCUCGUCGAGUCUGUAGUUUAAAGUUUUAGAUCUGCAGGUUUGGGUGGGGUCCUGUGUGGGGAAAGGUUGUGUCCUCGAGUGUAGUCAUGUUUUUAUUUUCGAGCUGUCUGUUCUUCCCUUUCUUGCUAACUGUUUGCUAUGUACCAUUUUGGUGUGGGCUUGGGUGGGUCUUUAUGGUUAGAAUUGGGUUUUUGCCUGUUCUGUCAGAGGUGGUCGGGGGUAUUAUAUUGGGGGGUGGGGGUCUGUGUGUGGUGUCUUGGUUCUCCUUCUCGUGUGGUGCUUUUUUCCCCCUUUUCCUUUCCCUCUCUUCGUGGUGUGUUGCCAGUUGAAGUGGGGUCUUGUGUUGACUUUGGUCAGGGGUGUUUGCGUGUCUAGUGCAGUCCUGUUGUCGUUGUGUGGUUAGGGUUGGGUUGUGGGGGGGAAGUGAGGGAGGAGAGAGAGAGAGGGAAAAAAAAAAAAAGGAGGUGGGGUGGCGUCUCAUGUGGGUCGGCGAGGUGUCCAUUUGGGGGAGAGUGUGGUGGGCUGGUGUACCCCAAGCGGGAUUGUUUUCUUUGUGUGGCUUGCUUAGUGUGUGCUAGCGAAGGUUGGGAAUUCGUACCCAUAUUUUGUGGUAGUGUCGUGCACUAUUGCGGACAGUUCGUCCAUUUUAAUUGUGUCUACUAUUUUUCGUUUAAUUAUUUCCAUGGUCGGUGUUUCGGUGCUGCCCCAUUUUUCAGCUAUUGCCCUCCUGAUCGCUAAAGCUAUUUUUGCUGUCAUUUUGUUUUGUGCUCUGGGUAUAUCUGCAUGUGGUUUCGAUAGCAGCCAAAUCCAGGGGUUAAGUGGGAUGUCUGUGUGUAGGAUUCUAGAGACCAUGGUCGCUACUUGUUGCCAGAUCUGUUUAAUUGGGGUUCACUCCCACCAUUGAAAUGUAUAUUUAUUUUUCAUUCUCACUUAUUUAUUUUUUGUUCUUUAUAUAUCUGACACAUUAAAAAGCUUCAUGGCUGGCAUGCAAUUUUGACAAUCGCUUCAAUAAUCGUACUGUGUCCCACCCUUUGAAUUCAAAUAAUACAUUCCUGCAUGUCUUAAUGAUACCACGAUGCAGUAGCUAAAGGAGAUUUUAGGUGAACCGUAAUCCUAAAACACACUAUCUGGACACAUGACAUGUACAGCGAGUCUAUUAUUAUCAAACAGGAUAUGUUACUAGUCAAAUGGUUGCUGUGGAAACAGAUUUUUAAACAGGACAACCUUAAAAAGCCUUUGUUAUUCUAUUGCAUGUGGUACGACAAAUCCCUAUUCGGAGAGCUAAACCUAACCCUUUGAGGCUUGGGUUGAUGUCUCCUAAAAACAAGCCUUUGGCCGAUGUUUACAAUUAUUAAUUAUCUUACCCAUCCCUGGUUUUACAGCAUGGACUAUUUACUGCUGAUCAAAUAGAUGUCCUGGAAUUUGAGUAUGGGGAACAUGAAGCUCCUUCAAAUAGCUAGAGCACAUGAUUAACUGGAUCUCAGAUUGCCAUUAGAACAAACACUUAAGCACUUUCAUUGCCAGAGGAAGGAAUUGCUGUUUCUGCAAUCUUUUUCAAUGUUAUUAUUAAUUUGACUGCUUAUAUGUGGUUGAAGCCUAGCCUCUGUUAAAGAGAUACUGUCUUGACAAAACUGGUCUUGUAGACGCCCUAAUUCUUUUAUAAUAUAUAGUUCAGAGUUUGACAAAUUUCUUUUGAAUUCUAGGAGCCAGCUAAAAAAGUUAGCCAGUUAUUUAUAACCUAAUUAAGUUUAAUUUUCAACAUGAAAAAUGCUGUUCUUAAAGAAACAUUAUAGUCACCAGAACCACUGUAGCUUAAUGUUGUUGUUCUGAUAUCUAUAGUCUGUCACUGCAGGCUUUUCAGUGUAAACACUGCCUUUUUAGGGAAAAGACCGUAUUUAUAUUGCUGCCUAGUAACCCCCCUCGUGGCAGUCACUUGGACAGUGUGCAGCACCUACAUUCAGCGUCUCCACGCUCUGCAUGGAGGCACUGAACGUUCCCAUACAGAUGCACUAAUUGAAUGUAUCUCUAUGAGCGCUGUGCAUGGGAAAUAUCUCUCCAAUGAUAAAGCAUUGGCUUAGCUGAGAUCAUAAAUACUGAUGAUCUCAGCCAUGGAGCUGGGACCAACUGUGGCAGAACCGUCAAGGCGUGGGGAAAAAUGUGAGUAAACACCUGCUCAUAUGAUUGGACACAUACCUUGACAUAUGUAUUUUAAUUGAAAUCCACCCAGCCUCACAACCUUUAGGAGAGCUGGAGUGCAUCUUUCCCUGAGGUCUAGUGGGACUGCUCUCUGACCUUCAUGCAGUUCCUCUCUGUUCCCCUGUGCGCUGUCUGUAGUGAUGCCAGAGGUGGAGUGAAGUCAUAUUCUGGAUCCUGGUAUCGCUAAACGGCAUGCCAGGGAGCAGAGAAGAACUGCAGAAAUGAAGUUACAUCUCCCUCCCUCGCUCGCCACCUCAGCCAGGCGGCCGCAAUGCUGCCUGAGGCGUGUGGCUUAAUUGCUCCUAUCGGGUGGCUGCCUUAGCUAAUGGAAUGAGAGAUCCCAGAAACCAGGGUGAAUUUUCUAGUCGCCACGGCGAUUGCCUGGGAUUUAUCGAGCCCUGGCAUAGAUAAAAUGUAUGUAGACAUUUAAAAGACCUUUUGAAGGUGACUUCUCCACUUCAGGUCUGGUGACCACAGGAUGGUGUAAAAAAUAGUUAUAAUUACCUGAACCUGACCAUUAGAGCAUCACCAUCUUCUGAGUAUAGUCUUCAGCUACCAAAGCUUUACCUUCCAGGGCUGCGUCAAGAGGACAAUACAGAGGUCUAUGGAGGAUCCUGCAGGAACCUCCAUAGAUUGCAUCUUGCGAUGCCUUACUCCAAUAAUUAACACAAGUUGACAGUGGAGCUCUACAUUUUGUCACCUGUAGGCUUGCUCAUAAGACAGUAGUCCCUACUUUUGUCUUGUGAUGUCUUUGGAUUGUGUUGGAAUUUAAAUUAAAUUCAGUAAAUAUCAGUAUUUCAUUAGGAUUAUGUCCUUAUCAUUGGUUAUGCAAUUUUCAAGACAAUUCACAACAAAUGUAACCUUUUUAAUGUUGUGUUUUUAAAUGUAAUUUAUAAUGUGUGCUAAUGGUUUGUGUCUUAUUAAAGAUUUCUUAUAUGUAGAUGAUUGUCUUAAAAUAUAAAGUUUUGUUUUAUAUUUUGUGCCAUUAUUCUAUAAUCUUGUUUUCAAACAUGUAUUUUCUCCACAUAAACCUAGAAAAUGUGUAGUAUUGUCUCCUCUCUUGCAAUUAUUUAGCUUGGAGAGUGUGAAAUUUAGGUGAUACAAAGCAGUUGUGCAGGGUCUUAAAUCAGAUAGUGUUGAGAAAAAUUGUGUAUUUUUUUUAUUUUAUUUUUUUCCCCUUCAGCCUUGGGCUUGGCAAUUUAUCAGCAGGUUUUUUUGGGUUCUGUUAUUUUUCUGAUAACGAAUAGUCUGUGUUGAGCUGCAUGUCCAAUGUUUCAUGCGCUCAACAAGUCUUUGCUAGCUCUCCUGUUACUGGGCCAACUUUCUAUAGCAUUUUGCAACCUACAAAAUAUUGUCUGAGUGAAUUGAUUUAUUCUUUACACUUUUGUAGUCUUCUCCCAGAGUAAUUUAUAACCGUUUCACAACUUACUUGCAGGAGCAAUUGGCUAGCUAAGCAGGGCCGUGCUCAUCAGACUAUCAGACAAACGAUCUCGGCUUAUGUGAGGUCCUUAAUUAUCCCUGCUUGGCUUGGUAAAGACAUUCAGGUUCUCCUGCAGGAGAAGACCUGAUACAGCACAGGUGUCCAAGACACUCAUGUAAGUUGCCAAAUUGUUCUGAAAUGGAUUGACCGAUUAUUCUCGUAGGACUCAAGAGCACUAAGGAAACUGAAAUAAUACAGGGCUUGACAAAUUCAUUUGGAAUCUAGGAGCCAGCUAAAAAUCUCCUAAAAAAUUUAGGAAAAAAAAAAAAAGAAACUAGCAAAGUUUCAUCUUCAACUACUAAACUACAAUUCUUAAAGGGACACUAUAAUCACCAGAACCACUACAGAUCUAAUGUAGCAAUUCUGGUGUCUAUAUCCUGUACCUGUAGGCUUUUUCUGACGCCAACUAGAGGUGAUCCCAAGUCCAGUGCUGCACAGUUCAGCGUCUCCACCCUGCUGCAUGGAGGCACUGAAUGUUCCUCACAGAUGCAUUGAUUCAAUGCAUCUCUACGAGGAGAUGCUGAUUGGAGUUGCUCAUCAUUUUGUCACGUAUGGGCAGUAGCCUUCCAAUGUUUUCUAUGGCUUGGCUAAGAUCAAGCCUGAUCAUCUCAACUGGGGAGUGGGACCCAGCCACAGUGAGACCUGUAUGGGGUGGGGGGAAAAGGUGAGUAAAAACAUCUUUCCCAUGCGAUCAGAGGCAGCCAGUAACCCAAACACACACACAAUCACUGACCGACACACACUCAAGCUCUUACACUGGUUAGUGCAAUUUAGUGAUGUGGGGACUGGAUUGACUUCACAUUUUGGCUCCUGGCAUCUAAGCAUGGCGCAUGAGAGAGCAGAGCAAGAACUGCACAAAGAUUUGUUUCCUCGCCGUCCGGUUCCACCCUCCCUCGGCCGUCCUCUUCUACGCUCCUUUAGAUUGACAAACCCCCAGGUGCCAGGACAAAAUUCCUAGUUGACUUGGCAUCUGGGAUUAGUCGACCCCUGAAAUAAUGUAUAUGAUUUCACUCAGACAAUAGUUUGUAGGUUGCUGUUUGUAGGAUUGCUGUAAGGAGUUGGUCCAAUAACAGGAGUGCAAUUGGGCCUUGGUCAUCAUGAUGCUGGGAAAUUAAUGCUUUUUGGUUUUGUCUUGUAGAUCAAGUGAUUGCAUUGUGUGGAAAUCUUGAAGUCCUGGGUAACUGGAAUCCACAAAAAGCUGUUAUAUUAAAAAAGACUGAUAAUGACAGGUAAGUCAAUUUAAUAUAGAGCGUGGUGUGUGUGUGUAUUUUAUUUAUUAUAAUUACCCCCCCCCCCCUUUUUUUUAUUAUUAUUAAAGACUUGACUAAUCUCUAGUUUGUCUACUGUAGGAGCCAGCUAAAAAAGUUAGGAGCCAUUUUUAUUUUUUCUCAAUGACAAAUAUACAGUUCUUAAAGGGACACUAUAGUCACCAGAACCACUACUGCUUAAUGUAGUGAUGAUGGUGUCUAUAUAAACCUUCACCGUAGGCUUUUCAGAAAAAAAGUUUACAUUGCUGCCUCAUAAAGCCAUGCUGGCAAGUGACAUUGUCGUUGAUUUAAAAUUAGCAUCCCAGAACUUUUGUUCAAUAUUGUGAAUUUUUUAAAGCUCAUGUUCUAAUGUAGACGAAUGGGGAUGUUCAUAGCACAUUUUUACGUAUUCUGGUUUUUGUUUUUGUUUUUUUGCAACAGUGACAUCUGGAAAACCGUUGUUGCCCUUCCAAGAGAAAUUCAAGUGAAAUAUAGAUACUUCAUAGGUUACUUUCUGGAUCCAAAGGUACGUUUAUCUAUUCCUUCAAAAAGAGAUUUCUUUCUAAAUCCAGUCACAAGGAGCACUUGCCACUACUGGCUGCUAAUCAAAUUAAUUAAAAUGGAAAACCUUCAUUAGUACGAAGAUGAUUUCUCCAAAGCUGUUAGUUAACCUACUUGUUACGAUCUUUUAUUCUAUCAUCUGCCAGCUAAAACAUAUUUGACUGAAUGAUAUUUUAUAAAAAUGUUGAGUAUAGGUAAAAGUCCAGUAAGUCAUGCACACAAGUUAAAAGUAAUUUGAGCACCUGUGGAUGGUUGGUGGUCCGCCAUCCACCAGGAAUAGUAUAAACGUAGAAGUCCACAGGCAUCACAGUGUAGUGUGAAGGUACAUACCCCCGUUUGGCCACAUUGGCUGAGAUCAUCAAGCUUCAUGAUCUCAGCCAAUCCAAUGCUUUUGGAGGGCUCUUGUGUAUACGCAGCAAAAUGUUGCAUCUCUGAGGAGUGUUCAGUGCACUUACACAGGAAGCACCUCUGGUGGCUGUCUGAGUGACUGCCACUAGAAGUGUUACUAGGCAGUGAUGUAAACACUGCCUAUUCUCUGAAAAUGCAGUGUUUACAUUAGUGCCUGCAGGGACAUUACGCUGUAGUGGUUCUGUAUUGAAUUAGUAAACCUUGAUUACAUGUGCAGUUGUUUUACAUUCAUGAUGUAGCAGCAUAUUUGGGUUUAGGCCAUGUUUAGACUUCACACUCUAGUAUGGACACUCUGUGAAUUAAAUGCCUUUCUCUUUCCGAUCCAGAAUGUUUUGCAUACUUCUCCACCUUCAUUCUCUGUGCCAACCACAUCCUUAUUACAAAAAUAUUAAAGCAUCACUGGCAAAAUACAUUAAUUUUUUUUCUUUGUUGUUGAAGUGUUUUUGUCCUCCUCCAUUUCCCAUUUUGUAAAAUGGUCAAUUAUAUGUACAUGUGUUAAAUAUAUAAGCAAAUGUCAAGUUUGACUUCAACUAUUAUUCUGUGAAACAGGUCAGCUAAUCUUACUGCUGUGAAGAUAAAUCGCUUGUCAUACCAGUAGAUUUUGCUUAGAGAACUUUUUUUUUUAACUUUUCAACUAACAAUUAUUCAACCAGUGCUUUAAUGAUUUAUAAGUGGAUACCUAUGUUCUGACACAGGAUAUGUCCUCUCUAACUUUACGUCAUAAGUUCUGCAUUUGUAUUGUUCUAUUUCACCUGGUCACUCUGUUUCCUAGCAGAGUUUUCCAAAAAGUGUGGAGUUGUUUACUGAAACACAGAAUUGACCUGUUCUCGGCAAUUAAGCCUAGAUUUAAAGGUGAUCAAAGUAACUGAAAUGUUGUUUCCUGAAUGGUUACAGUGACUUUCUAACCAAGCAUUUAAUCUAAGUGAAGAAAAGGGUAAAAUAGUUUGACUAUAUCAAUGCAGACAUUUAACACUUUUAAAUUGCAGAAUACCAGUGGUCCAUGCCAAGUCAUAGUCCACAAGUGGGAGACCCAUCCACAGCCACGAUCAAUAAGAUCCUUAGGUAUGGGAAACUUAUCUACAGACGUAAACACCUAUAUAUAUUUUAUUCCCCCCUGCUAUCUCUUACACACAAAUUACCCCUCUUGAUUCCCUGAGUGGUGUGCUAAGCAUUGCAUACCAUUCUGGCAUUUCUGUGACUAUGCUAUGUGAUAUUUUUUUUUUAUUAUUAUUUAUUUAUUUUUUUAUGUUUUUUUGAAAUAAGUUUCCAACUCAGGUUACAAGCACUGUGCUGCUGCUUGGCUAUAUUUUUUUUUAUAGAUCUAUAUAUCUAUAUCUCAGUGUUACACACCAGGCAAGCCAUAAAACUUGCUUUUACCACAGAAAUCUUACUUUAAUAGUGCUCUCACUACUGCAAGGGAUUCUGGGUAGGUGUAUGCAAAUGAGCUCAAUAAAGAACCAUAUUAUGAGGCAAAAAUGUGGUUCUUUGUUGACUGCAUUAACUAUCCACUUAUUUCAGGUAGAAGGGGUUUUCAUCCACACUUAAUGGUUGCAGUACUUUUUACCCUGCAUUGGAAAACAUUGCAACUAAACACCCCUCUAGUGGCAGUCUUCCUGACUUGAAAUGCUGCUGAAGAGCUAAGGAAGUACUCCGUUAUCCCACCCUUUCCUUUUCUUCCCAUGCUAGUCAAUGGUAACCAGACCAAUAACUAGUCCUAUGGCAUAUAGCCAACAAUAAUUGAAUACAUUUUCUCAAAUCUCUAAAUAUAUGUAGGCAAAUUAGGGAAUUGCAUAUUUUUUUUAUCUUUGGUACAAUUCUGAAUUUUUUUAACUAUUCUGCCCAUCUUCUAAAACAUGGGUGUCUACAACACCCAGAUGUUUUUGCAAUGCAGUUUCCAUGAUUCUCUGAAGUCCUAGGUUUGCAGUGUGUUUUAUGUCCAUUGUGUCCAAAAACUCCUCCUCUAUUCUCCCCCCUCCAAAAAAAAAAAACAACCCCUGCAAAGCCUGUUGCAACUUUAAAAGGAAUAAAAAUGCAUUUAGAUCCUAUGAAAAAAUAAAGCUUUGAUAAAGGAAGCUUCCACACCCUGCAUCGAGCUGUAAGUCAGCCCGAUUGGCUGAGUUGUCCCAGCCAGCAACAUUACUCUUAUUCAUUGAUGGUAUUAAAAAAAUGAAUAGGGCAAUGUGCAGGCUGACGUUGACUGAGCAUUGGGGAAAAUUCCUACACAAUUACUAGUGCAUAGGUUAUCCAUUGUUGACCUAGAUGGUAUAUUUAAGUGUGUUAAGGUUUUAUGUGUGCUUAUAGAUUUUACUUUCUUUCCUUUUCCAGACCGUGAAGGUCUCAUUGACGAUGGAGAAUUUGGAAUUCACAGUAAGUAACAAGCCCUUGUCUGUGUUUACCAUUUAAUCAUUACUCAUUAAUGUUUCUGCAUCACUUGGCUGGUUUCCUUGAAAAUCUAUUGUUCAGUAUGCUGAAACAAUCUUUAUUUUAGGGUAUGUCUGUUUGGCCUCUGGAAUAUGAGCAUAAAAUAAUUUCAUUGCAACCCUGUUCUUUGUAUAUUAUGUUUAAGAAGUGAACAGAUACUUUCAGGGUUCUCAACAUUUAGGCCGAAAUAGCAGAAUUAGUAAAAUUCUCCAAGAACAAACACCAGGGAUGUUGGUCUAGCUGACCAGGGUCAUGCCAGUGGCAAUAUCUCCCCCAGCUGGACUGGCCUCCAGAAGGACUGUCUUGACAAAGAUGCUAUUUAGAUUUUAGACCAGUUUUCAUUUAAAAAAGAAAAAAAAAUUUUUCCUUAGCACUAUAGGGCUAAUAGGUCCCUCAGCCACUUACCUGAAUCCAACACUGAUGUCCCUUGACGUUGGGUCAAGCUCCACCCAUGCUCGUCCCCCCCGUCAGCUGGCGGGGGAGACCUAAUGCGCAUGCGCGGCAAUAGCCAUGCGCGCAUUAGACCUCCCCAUAGGAAAGCAUUAUACAAUGAUUUCCUAUGGGGAAAAUCUGACGCUAGAAGUCUGUGAGGUUGUCCAGCGUCAGAUAACAGGACAAAAAGUAAGUUUAGAUUCCGGAAGCCUUCUAGUGGCAGUCUGUUAGACAGCCACAGAGGGCAGACUUAGAGCUGCAAUGUAAACAUUGCAUUUCUCUGGAACUGCAAUGUUUUACAUUGCAGCACUAAGUAAAAAAGGGACACUGCACCCAGACUACUUCAAUUAGCUGAAGUGGUCUGGGUACCUACAGUGUGUGUCCUUUUAAGGUCCCCAGGGCUAGGGAAUAGUGCAGGUCUGAAAACUGCUACUGUAUUCCCUGAACAAACCAGACAGGACACACAGUUUAAAACAGAACUUUGGCACAAUAUAUUUUAGUUUGAAGCUUUUGCUGACUUAUCCUCAAGCAUGUGGUGAAAACCAUAUAACUAUAAACAAACAAAUUGAAAAACAAACAUCAUACUGCAUCAAAUCUAUAAUAUAUUCACAGCUUGCACAACAUAGAAACAGCUGUAACUGGUUAGCUGUUUGCAAUUUCCUAACUUGCAUAUUGAAAUUCUACAAAUCAGUGUAUUUGAGAUUGAUCAGUAGAGCGUGCUGGAGAAUAUUCACAAGCUCAGUUUCCAGUUUGAGUAUUUUGGCCAUUUAUGUGAAAUUCACUUCAUUCCUGUCCGUUUUCAGUUUAGUGAUUAACUUUCUGAAUCCCUAAACACCAAAUGUUUGUGAUUUCAGUUAUAAUUACAACUUGAUUAUUCCAACCUAAAUUUAGGAAUUCAGGUUUUCAGUUUUAGUGAAUAAAUUCCAAUAAAUGUCAAGUGUGAUAAGUCAAUCUUUCCACUAUCUUUUAUUCCUUUGCCUAUUUUGCUGAUGGUUAUAGCACUGAUUAUUCACACACACAAAAAAAAAAGUUGUCAUUCGUAAAAGAAAGUGUUCGCACAUUAAAAGAUUGUUAUUAUACAUAAAAUAAGAAGGAAGUCUGAAAACUGCUUGUCAGAAAGCCGGCUUGUCUUACCAUAGUGAAAAUAAUUGUCUGAAAACACCACAGUGUAUUGGAAGCAACAAAUCUGAAGCAAAAUUGAAUGGGAAAAGAAUCUGAACCAUAAUACUGAUGUGCAUGAGACUAGGGCUGUAUAAACAAAGGGAUUUAAACACUAUAGAUUGUAAGCUUGUUUGAGCAGGGUCCUCUUCAACUUAUCGUUCCUGUAAGUUUUCUUGUAAAUGUCCUAUUUAUAGUUAAAUUCCCCACUCCUAUAAUAUUGUAUAGCGCUACGGAAUCUGUUGGUACUAUAUAAAUGGCAAUAACACUAACUCCGAAAUGGCAAAGAAUUGAGCAGUGAGACUGCAGGGGCAUGAUCUAUACACCUAAACUGCUUCAUUAGGCUAAAGUUGUCUUGGUUUUGCAGAAAAGAAAAAAUACCAUUCAUAAUUAAAACUCUAGAAAUUUAUAUUUUAAAUGACCAGACACCGGUCAUCCAUACAACAAUGAUAUCUUCACAUGUAAACUUAUGGCUUUAUUAAUAUCGUAUGAUGUUAGGCUAUGAAUAAACAAAUGUUCUAAUACACAUCUAAUAUUUAUUAGCUGUACUGAAAGGUCAUAAUCCCUAACCUCAGGUAAAGGGGGUAACCUUUUACAGAGAAAUUGCUAACUAAUGUUAGACUACAAUUGAAUAUAAUGCGUUUCAUGAGUAAACAUAAAAAAUAUUGUUCUUAAUAAUACCUCCAAAGUGUGUGUGUGGGGAGAGGCGUGUGGGGUAAUCAAUCGGUCUGAGAGGAUGAUGAUUGUCAUUACUGUAUAAAAUUAAAGUAAAAUAGUAGGUCAUGAAAAAGAAAACUUGUGGUGAUCAAAUUGAGCCAAUCAAAGUAGGCAAACCGUUUGAGCCUUUUUGUAAAUAUUCCAAAUAUUCACCUUCCCUACUGAAACAGUAUUAAAACUAACCUAAUUUGCCAUGGAAUGUUUUGAACUUUCAGAAUGGUCAUAUAAACUGCACUUCGUCCUCGUACAUUAUCUUCAUCUCCCACUUCCAUUGUAAGCUUUUCCGUGAGGGUAGACCAUUUUCGAUAUAGUCCACAUCUGCAGUGCUUCUAGAAAAUAACAUAAUGCUCCAACACAUUUAACAAGUUUCAUUAAUUUUAUUCUUGUCUCUGUAGUGUACAUCAUUACAAAAAUAGCUUGGGGAUUUUCUAAGAGGUCCAUUCUGGCACUAUGGCAACAAUGUUGUUCUUACAUAUUGAUGAUGUCUGCUUAUGUCACAUGACUAGAUAAUUCUAGACCAUAUUUACAGAAAAUGCCUCGUUCUGCUGAUAUUUACCAUCUAACCAACAGCAUACCAAGAUGAUCGUGUUUUAAGCAAAUUUGUCAUGUUUUGGAUGUUUGUGUUCUUGCAUUUUGAAAUGUUUUACCCAGUGCUGUGGUAUUUAGUUUUCAGAUAUGUUUCAUUUGUUAACAUGUUUUGUAAUUUAUAACCUUUAUGAAUCUCCUCUCUGAAUGCAUUCUAGAACCCAGAUAGCAUAUUAGCUGUUUUAGUGUUUGUUUUUUUUGUUUGUUUUUUUCUUUUUAAAGUGUUCAAAGCCUUCCUUUUUUCCCAAAAUUAAGGGGUCACUCCAGACACACGUACAGGUUUGGUGCAAUGUGGAUGUUAAACUACAGUUAGUAUGCUUGGACGGUGGCAUUAUUUUAGUUUUUUUUUCUCUUAAUAGUUUAGUUCCUUAAUUUCUCACUUCCCUUCAAAAUUGUUAAUUACCUUUUUUUCCUUUUUUUUUUUUUUUUGGAGGAAAGCUGUGCGUGAUGUCAUAACUGGUGGGGUUAUUGUUAAACCCGUUAGACUUUAUUUUUAAAAGGUGGACGUUUAUCUACAACUCCCAAAACCUUUUUUAUGCCAUUGUAACCAGGAAUGAAAGCCUCUCGUUUUUAAACACUUCAUACAUUUACAAAAUGGUAACUUGAACAUAUUAGAAAAAUAAAUAUAAAACAAAUUCUAUUGAAGCAGAAAACCAAACCCAAACCCAAACUGCUAAUAGGUAGCAAAGAGUGGGAUGAACCUAUGCAGAUAAAUUUCCAAUUUAGCAGGAAAUCUGAAUGUAUCUGAAUGUUGUGGAAGUAUUUGUGUAUGCUAUAUUAAUAUAUAAAUAUAGGCUGUGUUUGUUGCAACUGAUAACUUUCAUCUACUUUGCCAGAUGGCGUUGAAACUGUGGAUUCCGGAUGGCUGACAUGUCAGACUGAGCUUAGAUUACGUCUACAUUAUUCUGAAAAACAGCCUGUUACUAUAUCCAAGAAAAAAUUUAAAAAGUCUAGGUUUAGGUAUGGUGUCAAACUGGUUUUGCUAUUUCAGAGCAUACAGAUGGCUUGUUACAAACCUCAAGUAAUGCUGUUUGUACAGGAGACCUUUUUUAUGAUUUUUCAGCUUGUUUUACUUUUGUCACAUUCAUGAAAACUUCAGUUGUGUAUUCCUCAUGAUGUUAGAGGAAUGACAUUAGUUAAAAAAAAAUCAACCUCUACUGAGAACAUGUUAAGAUAUUUUGUGUUGCUUUAAUAUAUGUAUAUGUUUCAAUCAACCAUAUAUGUAUUUGUUUUGUGUAAUCUAAAUAUUUUACUAUGGUAUUUUAAUUCUCCAUCUUGUUGCUAGCUUCUACAUAGUCAUGUCCAGACCACAGUCUCUGGAGGGGAACUGCACGAUUUUAAUCUCAUUAAAAAAACACAUUCACUGAUACAGUGUUUUAAUGCUGCGUGACUCUGUAAGGGUGUAUGUGUGGAUUUGCAGUGUAUAUGUGUUUGAGUAUAAAUGAAGAGGUGUAUUUGUUUGGAAUGAGUGGGGAGGUGUGUGCGCGUGGAUUUUUGGUGUAUGUGGAUUGAGUGCAUGGGUGUCCGUAUGUAUGAAAUUGAGAGAAGUGUCAGCAUGGGCAGUUGUGCUCAGUUUGACUCCCCCUAAUUCCUCUCCCUGCCACUUUCUUUUGUAUCAUUUCCACAUUCUCUUGCCAAUAUUGAGGAUUUACUCUUCUCCUUUUGAAACAUAUCUAUUGUCUCGAUGUCCUCACCAGCCAUGCCUCCACUGACUAGCCCUCAGCAGCCAUGCCUGCCCCUGUCAGCUCUGACCAACCAUGUAGAUUUAAAUGCUAUUUCCUGUGUACUGCGGAGAGCGCUGUCAACAUUGUAUCCUAAACACUAGAUUCUAGUAAACUAAAUCGCUUAUUUCAGGCAACAUUGUCUAAUUGGGAUCCUCCAACUCUGCUAUAGUCAAAGCUUGGUUAUUUCAGAUUAAAUUUUGCAAUUUGGUUUUCAGUUCUUUAGAAUUUAGUGUUAAUAAACUCCUUAGCUAAUGUUUCCCUUAUGCUAUGCAUGUUUAUAGUAUCUGAGCUACAUGUUGUUAUGGUAUGUUUGGGUGUUUGUAGGUAUAAAUGUUACCCUAGAACCAGGAUCAAGUAAUUGCAGCUAACCUUUAGCUAAUUCACAUUAACUGUAUAAUGGGUUACAGUGAGCAUCGUAAUCGCUACAUGCAGCUGUAGUGGUUAUGAUGCCAGGAGUACCAUGGUGCUUUUCCCUGGCAAGGGGCAAACUGCUUUGCCCUGUGUGUUGGGUCCACAGGGCAGCAAGCCUCCACUCAUGCCGACUGUUACACCUCCGGAAGUAAUAUAAAGUGUGUUAAAUACGUUCAGCAAAGCUGUCAUCAGUUGGGAAUAAUUCAAAUUUGGAUGACUAUGCAAUGGAUGGUUAAAAGAUGUAGUGCUUUUAAGUAUCUGUAAGGUUUCAGAAACUUCUUUCAGAAGUAUAUACAUGUCAACACGCUCUAACCUGAUGAAGUUUUAUUUUUUAUUUGGGUAUAUUUUAUUAAUUUUUUUGGUACACUUUUAUAGAGCCAAUUUCUGAUUUGUACUGUACAAACAGCAUUACUUUGCCCAAGGAAAACAAUAUAAAUAAGCUAUAUUGAUUUCUUUAGUUUUUUUUUGUUUUUUUUGUUAAAAGUCGCAUGUUAGCACAAAUUGUGUAACGAACAAGUACCUUCUUUUUAUGGUAUAAUUACGGGAUAAAAACAUUUAAAUUCAAACAAGCUCAUGCUCUGAGAUUUCGUAAGGGACUGGGACUUUUUUUUUUUUUUUUUGCCAUUUUUAGAAAUUUCUAGUCUGACCUCAUAAGCGUUAUUAUAAUGUAUUUGGGGUAUGCUGGUGCAUGUUUAAGGAUGCAGUGCACACUUCUAAUGGCUUCACACACACCAAAUACUCACUGGGAGGGAGCAAAGCCAUACAUCUACAAAGGCAUCAUGUAGAGUUGCAUGUUCGAAUAUAUGUGUGAUUCCUUGUGAUUCCUUUAGAAUAGCCUUAAGAGGGGUGAAGAGGCUUGAGAAACUAAAAUUAGUCUUCAGUAGAAACCUGUUCUAAUUUGUUAGAAUAACUCCUUGGUAAGGGCAGGAUCAGAAGCCUGAACAUCGUUCUGAAAAUGCUGUUACCAAAGAAUGUAUCCUGUUUUAGAGAUUAGCCAAAACCUUUCUGGCAAUCAAAUGGUUAACUUUGAAUCAAUAGAGGCCGUUGGAGCUGGUGAGUGUAGUUUUUUUUUUUUUGCAUUUUUCAUAUUUAGAUUACAGAAAUAGGUGGCUGCCAUAGUUAUAACGGCUUCACUUUUUGAAAAGCAAACAAUGGCAAAUGGACAAUCAAACUGAAAAAUUUAGGCAAUCUAGCAGUGUUGUAAACAGUCUACUUCUAACAGUCUGCUUGUUAGUUCAUGAUUUAUUUGAACGUGUUAUGUAUUUAUUAUCGGGUACUAGUACUAUGCAGCCCUGCAGGUAAAACAUUGCACUGCUCAGCUCCAGGCAGCCUCUUUGGUUGAAUUUAAAUAGAGUUUAGGGGAUUGGUUCCGUUUAUUUAUUUUUUAAUUUUUUUUUUUUUAAAAGUCAGUUUCUGUCAGCAAACCCUUUAAACAUGUGUAAAAUAUAUAAUGUAGUGAUUCAACUGUUAAUAUCAUGUAUCUCAUGGGGACAGGGUGAAGUUGGCAUUGGCGGGCCUUGAAGAGGAAGAAGAUGAUGAAGAACAAGACAAAGUGUCCCCAGUUGUUCUCUUAAAAAUGGAGAACACGUUUGACAUCUCACUAAUAAGCAAUACGGAAUAUAAAUCUAGACAUUCUCAGCCAGAAUGUGGUUACGGUCUACAGCCUGACAGGUGGACAGAAUUCAGCAUACACACCAUGGAACCACACAACUUGGAAUUGCUUUUUGACUUUUUUGAGGUGUGUAUGUAUUUAUACAUGUAAAUAUAAGAGUGUGUUUUGAUCUAGAUCUAAUUUUGUUUCACAUCUAACAAAUAUGACCUUAAAGGAUCACUUGAUUAUAGUGGUAAGAUACCAGAUGGGUUCAGGGGCUUGACACUUUGUAGGUGUGACAUCUGUGUUUCACAGAGCCUGUGUCAAUUCGGUGGCACAAAAAUCAGUGGCAACAAAAUGGCAGCUAUGAUUUGGUACACUCAAAACAUUCUAUACACUAGUGCAUGUUCCACUCUGCUUGCAUGACAUGAACAUGCAAUAUGUGUAGUUACGCUGAAGGGAAAUUUUCUCUUGUCUCAAGCUGAGGCAUAGUUUAGAAUUGGGAUGUUAUUGGUGGUAGGAUAAGUUUUCCUUCUGCAGAACCAAAUUUCAUUUUAUCAAACCACAUGCAGCCUAAUUCAAGGUUUUAGUUCUCGUUUUGAGCCAAUAUCAAAGCAUUUAACCAGGACAUGUACAUUUAACUUGUCACUUGUCUCCAUGUUCGUUCUGAGAUUUAAAUGUUCUUAUUACCUUAUGGUACUUGUUUUAUUGACCUCAGGAUGAAAGGCUGAGUUGACCUUGUUGGGAAUCAAUCCCAUUACUCAAAGGUACUGCAGCUGGCUUUCUUAAGCAUUGCACUGUCCGCCACCUAGAGUAUUGUCACUGGUCAAAUGAUGAAGUAAAAAAAUAAUCCGUAAACAGGCAAUGUGUUUUAAGAAGCCACAACAUAAAAUAUCAUGUCACAUUUGGUGGAUGUGGUAGAAAAUGAUCAAUUACAUACUGGGGAUAAGGUUUGCAAAUUCACAAUAUUGUGUAAUGGCAUUAUGCUACUGCUUUUUGUAUUAGCCAAUUAGUCUUUAGCCAAUGGAAAUGAACUGCAUUAGUCUGCUCUUUAUAGAGCUUUCAGUGUGAUUUAAAUGCUUAAAAUAUCUGUACAAACUAUUCAGAACUUUGAUUCCUGCACAAUCCCCUUCUGAAUUUCACAUUGUACAUGAUCGUGGCACACAGAGUCCAUUAUAAUAGUGCAUAUUCAGAUUUUCCUUUGCAGAAGUAUUUACGAUAUAACAUUUUGCUAAGUGUGCAAGUAAAUGACCGUUGCCUACUCUGUUAAUUUUAAUUACUUGGCAUUGUAGGAAGAUCUCAGUGAACCUGUAGUUCAAGGUGAUCCACUCCCAGGACAUGUGGGCACCGCCUGUCUCCUGUCCUCUACCAUCACAGAGACUGGAAAAAGCAACGGCAUCAUCACUAUUCCUAUUAUGAGCAGGAUUGCAAGAAAAACACUAGGGAAAGUUCGAGGUACAUGUGUGGUUUUUUUUAAAUUUAUUUUGUAUUUUUUAGUUGGGCGUUAUCAUUAUGAGUAAUGCCACAAUCGAGUAGUACUCUUGGAAAAAUAAACAUUCAGAGAUGACUCCUAUAGAGAGAAACCCAUUUGAGUCUCAAAUGAGCAGUACAGUUAAAUGAUUGCAAAUUUGUAUUUUUAAUGUUGGUUUCCUCCUGCCUAUUUAGUUUGAAUGGCAACCUGUAAGUCUAUAAAGAAGAAUAGCUUGCCUUUAUCUUUUGUUGCGGUCACUGCUCCACCCCAGCGGAGCUCAUCAUUACUGAUGAUAUCCUCUACCCAAUGCUUCUCCAUAUAGUGGCAAUAGGGGACUACUGCACAUGUGUGGCAAUAGGUAUGCUGCACCAAUCAACAUCUUAGAGAUCAUUAUACCAAUUCUUCUGUACAGGGAGAGUUCACAGAGCAGAUAUUGCAGAGACAUUAAAGGGUUAGUUCAAGUACCACCACCACUUAAUUUCCUGUGGUCAGGGUACCUGGAGUCUGUAUGUGGAACAUUUCGCUAUGAAACGCUGCAAAUACAGCGUUGAUCACCUCUGCUGCCGUUGUAAUUACACCUCCAGCAGCAUCGUUGAGGUGUCAUCAGCCACCCCGAAAAGAGUUCCAGUUCUCAUUGCACAAAAUUGCAUUCAUUGGCUGAGCAGUUAAUUGAUGGAUGUGGCCUUGAUUUAGCUGGGAGUGUACCAUCGGAGCCUGGCAAGUUCCCAAGUAAGGGUUGUAGUGCUGUGCCAGUCAGAGUGGCUACGCUUGCUGCUUCCCUUGGCUGUAGUGGUCGUGAUGCUUCUAAUAACCCUUUAAGCUGAAGAGGAUAUGGUACUUACUGUCCCUUUAAGGAAAGGUACUAGUUUACUAGUUUAUUUCGCGGUUUGUGCUGAUAUCUAUGAGAAUCAAAAGGCCUUGACACCAUCAUUGUAUGUUUUAAUGUGCAAACUGAAUAUUCGCAUGACUCCACUAUUCUCUGGUUGUCUCUCUGGUAUUGGUUAAGGAAACAUUUUGUCUAUGCAGUACUUUUAUAUGGAGCACUGAACGUGAUGGAGUUUAGUCUACUUUUUGUCCAAUAUUUCUAUGUAACUAGUUUUAAAGCUGUGCAGAAAAUGUGUAAAUUUGCCAGUGAAUCACUAUCCCUUUUAGACAGACUGACCGAUAAAUCGCAUACAUUAUGGAGUCUUUUCCAACUUGGUGUGCACCCACACCUUACGAGCUGUCUGAUGCUGUUCCAGUCAUAGUGGCUACACUUGCUGCUUCUCCGUGCAUUCAGAGAGGUUGCAUUGCAAGAGGAGCUUUGCAGCAGCAAGUCCUAUAUAGGCCUAUGUUUUGACAAGACAGUGUUCCUGUUUAAAAUUUUGAGCCCUGAAGCAGAAGGAACAUUACUCACAAGUAUAACCCCCUCCACAAUUGUCAUUCAGUGUUCACUCUGCUUCUUCUGUUACACACUGUAUUUAGCUGUCCAUAUUAAGCCAUGUUCACAGACUAAAAUACCUCUUCCGUUAUGCUUUUUGUGUGACAUGUGCAGUGUUUGUUUUUACAUCAUAACAAUGUGAUUUUUGAUUUUUUUUUGUGCCUGCCUGCAGUUGACUAUAUAAUCAUCAAGCCAAUAGAAGGUUAUAACUGUGACAUGAGAAACUCGUUCUCAAAGUACUGGAAGCCAAGAACUCCACUGGAUGUGGGUCACAGAGGAGCCGGAAACUCAACCACCACUGCAAAGUAAGACAGAUACUAAACAUUUCCACUUUCUAACUAAAGGUUUAGAGACUGCAAUUUUUUAUGAAAACCAGGUUUCAUUACUGCCCACACUUUAAUAUAUACAUAGUGUUGGUGAAAUCGCCAGCACACCACCAGUGAGCGCUCCCUGAAUAAUCCUGAAAACUGCACAACUGGCAUUUUCUACCUUAUGUGUAAGAGCAGUCUAUGCAGUAUAAGCUGUUGUAGUGGUUAUGGUCCUUCUAGCCUUUGGAUGCUGUCAUUGGUUCUGUUUCAUAUCUCUUGUAAACUUUGACCAAAAACAGGGUUCCUCUAGGCACCUGUGGCCUAGCUCCUCACUUGUCAUAUUGCUGAAACGAAAAUACACAUAUACAUCAGCAGUAUCCAUUUUGGCUAUAUUUGGCUGGUAGUGAUAGUUUGAGUGUGUCUGUUUAUCUUCAUGUUGCUUUUAUUUGUACAGUGUCAAUAAAAACAUGUUAAUGCAAACCAGUUUAGGUGAGAAAAAGACAUUCUCAAAACCGCAUUACUACAUUACAUCACAAUGCUUUAGUGAAGGUGUAGAUCUAUCAAAGGCAAAGCUAUUCUUUCAGUUUUUUUUUUCUUCUCUUUCUCUCUUUCUCUCGCUCUCUCUCAUAUAUUUUUUUUUUUUCUUAGUUUUUUUACUUGGAUCUUGAUCAUAUUUUUGCUAUUUUACAGGCUUGCCAAAGUUCGAGAGAACACUGUUGCCUCGCUUAAAAAUGCUGCCAGUCAUGUAAGUUAAUUUUAUGUGGGCGUUUUUCUUUUCUUGAACACAUGUUUAAAUCUAUGCAGGCUGAUGUUCACUUGCUGUCGAAUAUACCCCACCCGUUGACGGGUGACAUUGUAAGGUAAUGUUACUAGAACUGUGGGAGCAAAUCUGUACAAUUCUUGCUUUUACUUUUGCUUUUUUUUAAAAGGCAUGUAAUGCCAUGAAAACCAUUGUGUUAACAUUAUUUAAUGUUCAGGAGACACUUUAAAGCUAUACUUAAAUAAUUGAACUUCAUGCUGAAAUUGCACUGACUUUAUUUUCAUGCCACACAACUUCGAAAAUGAUCAGUAAGCCUGUUCUUGUAAUGCACAUCGGUCAUUUAUGUCGCUUUACCCUCAACAUUAUUAUGCUUACUGUUGGUUCUGUCAUACUUAAUGCUGUAUUUAUUUAUUUAUUUAUUUAUUUUUAUUCAGGGGGCAGCAUUUGUGGAGUUUGAUGUCCAUCUUUCCAAAGAUCUUAUCCCUGUAAUAUACCAUGACCUCACUUGCUGCAUAUCGAUGAAGAAGGUAUAGUUACAAUCAAAGCGUUUUUCAAUGCAUUGUUUUGUCGUUCUAGAGAAUUGUAUUAGGCAUGUUCCUAAGUCACACUACAGUAGUAAUAUAAAAUUGUACAUCCAGAUUAGAGCAGGUAAAUUGGACAGGUCUACAGUUAUGACAUGAAUGCAUAAUUUGUGUUAUGUUUUUGUUUUUUUCAGAAAGCAAAUGCCAGCUCUGUGGAGCUAUUUGAGAUUCCAGUGAAGGAACUUACAUUUGAUCAGCUGCAGCUAUUAAGUGUAAUUAUUACAUUUCCAUAAUUUAUUCUCACAUUCAUUCCUAAAUUUUAACAUUUUAAACCCCAUGGUCACAUGUGUUUGUGUGUUAGGUUUAUUUUUUUAUUUUUUUUUAAAUAACUGUUUACCAUUAAGACCUAGAGAGGAAGGUUAGUCAUUUGAUCUAUCUGUUUUCUGCAAAAAUGUGUGGGGUUAACAUAACUCUGCUGAACUGUACAGCCUCGUGCAAAAAACUCUGACCCGUGAUAGUUUUCCGAAGUCGUCUUAGUGGUUUUAUGCAUUGGUCACAUGCCCUGCAGUUUUAUCUGGAAUCUGCAACAUAUCCUCCAGAAUUUUUAACUCCUUCCAUGGCAUCAUUAAAAAUCACCUUCAAAUUGAAAUAACUUGAGCCACCGCAUUUUAUGCAUCUUUUUUUCCAUCAUAGUUGGUUAAUAGUUGAAAUCCUAGUUGCUGACUAAUGCAAUGUAUUUUUUAUUUUCUUUCUUUUCAGCUUGCUCACGUGACGGCACUAAAGUUAAAAGACCGUUACGGUAUGUUCCAUCUGGAGUAGAAAUACUAAUCCUCAUUAUUCCUUCUCUGUAAUUAACACAUUGAACCACAUAUCAUUUAGUAAAUUCCACUAAAUUGAUCAAAUGAAUAGGACUGCAAUGUUUGGGUUCUGUGUGUGUCUAAUAAUGUAUGCUCAUUCAUAAACCCAAGUACAGACAUAGUAAAGUAAAGCAAUUAGUUGGUAGGAUUUAGGUAAACUAAUCAGAUUAUUCUGAGAUUGUUUUUGCUAGGAAGAAUCUGUUGUAUAAUUUGUCUCUCACCACUUCCAAUUGGUAUCCUUUUGAGAGAAAUCCACUCUGCGUUAUGUAUUAACAGUGAAUGUAAUAUCCCUGUGCCACCUCUUCCAAGAACUAACAUAUAUCUUUAUCCCCUUGUCCAGAUAAAUAUGACUAGCACUACGAAGGUAUUCUACUUGAUAUUACAAUUAAACAGCCAACACUAUAGUUCUUACCAGAGAGAGAAAUUUACUUAAAAUCUGCCAAGUUAAAUAUUACAGAAGACUGUUAGUUAUAGUAUUAGUUACAAUACAUUCAUAACACUCACACAUUCCAUCUAUCUAAUAAUAUCUGCUGUAUUGUGUAUGUGCUGUGAGAUGUUGUGUGCAGCGUGUGUGUCUCACCAACCUAGUCUCAUGUGAUGUGAGUAUCUUCUAUUUUUAAAGGAAUUUGUUCCCAUGUUGUAAAUAGCCACUUCCUCAGCUCAAUUGAUAUGUAAAUGUGAUUUACUUUCCCAAGGCUCAAAGUGUUGUCCAUCCUGUCAUUUUAUUUGUGUAUGUGAACUCUCCCAUACACACUGACUUAAUCAAGCACAUAUUAGAUAUAUUAUCAUAUUUUCCCCAACAGAAUCCACUUUAUUUUCCAUACCAUAGCAUAUUUGAACAUUUAAAUCUGUGUUUAAGGGUCAUACAAAAGCAAAAAUGGAUUGAUAGAGCCAAUGAUUUGAUGUGUUGCAAGUCUUGUUAAAUGUGCAACAGUAAAAAUAUUUUAUAUUUUAAUCUAAAUUGAAUACUAAAGGUUCUGCGGGACCCUCCACAGCUCUGCCCAUUCUUGGGGUAUCUACACUUUUUUUUUUUUCUUCAUUAUGCCCUUACAGUUCCCUGCGUCUCCUUGUUUGGGAUGCAUUUUGCCUGAAACAAAAUAGCACUAGCUAGUAUGGCUAGUUUACUGUCGCCUCGAGGAAAGUUUGACUGUACAUACUUUUCACCCUGUCUACCAACUAUUCGAUUCUCCCUUUUAACAGCACUUUCUAAUUUGGAGCACUGAAUUUGCAAUAGUUUUUCUGCAUCCCCACAUAUACAUGUUUGUUUUUGCUUUCAGAUGUUUGUGAUGAAGAGUCUGUUUCAGACAACCAUCCUUUUCCCUCUCUUCACACGGUAAAGAAAAUUCUAACAUGUCCAUGAAAUUAAUGCAUAAACCGUAUUACUUCCUGUAGUCUUCAGUUCUAUAUUGGGCGAAUGGAAAAUUGGUACUGUCACUUGAGCUAGACGUGUAAUGCUUUCUGUACCUAUAAAAUAAACGUAUUGCCAAUAUAACCUGAUUCUCUAGGGCUAAACUAUUGUGUAAAAAUAUGUGAUCCCUGCUAUAUUACAAUGUUAUUCUAAUGCAAUCAGAUAUGUUUUGUUUUUUUACAUUUGGCAUGUUUCAUUAUAGGUUUUGGAAUCUGUUCCUGAAGACGUUGGGUUCAAUAUUGAAAUCAAAUGGAUUUGCCAAGAAAAAGUAAGUAUAUGUGGCAAGUAGAAGACGUACAUAGAAAUAUUUUAGCUACACUCAAGUCUACAAAAUCAAGCAGCAUACUGCCUUGUAAGCUCUCUAGCGGUACAAGCAAACUAAUGGCUUUUAUUCCGAAUCUUUCUUUUAAAUGGGAACCAUUAUAGAAUUUCUCCUUUCUGACACUUCUUUCUAGCUAGGGAUAUCUUGAUCUUGUACUUGCGAAUCAUACUUCAAUAUAUGUCCAACCACAGGACCUUUCUGGGGUUGUCCGAUUGUAGGAUGGCUCUCUGUGACCACAAAAUGCCAAAUAUAAAGUUUCAUGAAGAGGAAUACCGGUCUAGGGCUUUGUGAUAAAUUAGAGUGCCGCUUGCAAGCCAAGCGUAAUCGCCCAUCAUCAUUGGUGUGUGAUCCCAAUAAUCCUUUUGCAGCUGAGCAAAAGUACAUAAUUCCAACGUUUAGAAUACUUUGUAAUCGAUACUGAGUGAUAAGAACCAGUACGUAAGUGGAGCUCUCAGAUUAAUAGAAUCAAUAAAAACUCGCCCCUUAUACAACUCAGGGUUAUAUAUGUAGGACAUGGCCUAAAGAUAUAGAUAGAUAUAGAGAGAGAGAGAGAUAAAACAAGAAAUAAUUUAUUGUGGUGCAAUCAACUCUCUCGCGUCGGGUUUAAUGGAUUGGCUAAAAUCUUGCAGGCGUGUGUCUUUAAGGUGCGCACUACCUAUUCUUUCCAUGUUCAGCAGGUGUGAUUAAAAAAAAUAAUAAAGACAACCAAUGGUUAUUGCACUACAGAGUAUUACUCUAUUCAUUCUAUUUAUCUGGGUGCUCCCGUUACAUACUGGUGUGUAGGGUUUUUUUUUUUGGGGGGGAGGGCUGGCUUUUCACUCAAUAUCUAUAACAGAUAUUUCAAGCGUGGUCAUUUCACAGAUAACUUGUAUAUAUUUCUGGAGUUUUCCAACAUUUGGUUUAAAGCCUCUUUGAAGGCUAAUGUCACAUUAAUGCCUGUGAUUUUUAAAUGAGAUGUUCCAUAUGUUGUAAAUAAAUUUGUAUACAAUCUUUUUCACCAGAAAUAUUGUUACAGGUACUUUUCUCUUGCUCCUUUAGUGUGGUAAAUGGGAUGGCAAUUUGUCAGCCUAUUUUGACAUGAACCUGUUUCUGGACAUCAUUUUAAAAACCAUUUUGGAAAAUGCUGGUCGUAGAAGGAUUGUGUUUUCAUCAUUUGAUGCAGAUAUUUGCACAAUGUAAGUAAAGACUGAGAAAGUAAGUUUGCAUUAGUUUAUAUGAUCCAUAACUUAUUAUGAGUCCUCAUGUAGCUCACUGUUCACAUUGAACUCUCAUAAUUGGGGAUGGAGUCAUAAACUGCAAAAAUAACUGACCUCAAGCUUGACGCUUUCUGCAGCCAGACGGACGAUCUCAUUGAUAUCAAAAAGCCUCCAUUUUUUUAGAUUGCAUAUUAUAGUGUAGAUUUAUUUUUAAUUCCACAAGAAUUGCCUAAUGAGCUCCAUAGGCAUUAAAGCCCUUGUUUAUUUAUAGAUCUGAAAUAAGUUGUUCUCAGCCUGCAGCUUUCAUAGUAGUGGCAGUAAUGUAAGAAACUUAACCAAGAGACUAGAAUAGAUUGUAUGUUCAAUCAUGAUGUUAUGGUUUGCUCUAUACAGAGCUCCACUGUGAAACAUUAAAGCUUUAGCUUUCAAUGAAAAUCUCGAAGGAAACUAUUGUUUGUUGAAAUUUGUAUUUUUAAUUGCGUGAAAUUGAGGAAAGUAGUUACAAAAGGUUAAAAGAGGAAGGUAUGUAAAACGGAUGCCCUCCCAAACCCCCUUCCAUGUUCAUUCUCUCUAGUUUCUUACCCCCCUUACAAUGUUCAUUGUUUGCAUCUGCCUGCAGCUGUCCUAUAUACUGAAUACUUACAUGCAAAUACAGUCCUGAUUGAACAUAGAUGGCAUGGGAUCCACAGCUAGUCCACCAAUAAUUCAAAUAAAGCAAAACCUCCAUAACAGCUUAUUCUCUUCAAAAUUGGGUUGUGUUUUUUUGUUUUUUUUGUAGCACCAAGUACAUGUUUUUACUGCACAUUUAAACUACAUAUGAUAAGAAAAGAUGUGUAGGUGUUUUAUUCCCUAUAUAUUUUUCUAUCUCUCGUAGUGCCAUGCCCAUCCCACCCCCCACCCCCCCUUUUUUUUUUUCUUCAACUAAAACAGUCUAGCAGUCUAACUGUAUUACCUGGUGUUUUCCUCUCCCUUUCGUGUUUCCAUUUCUCUUUACACCUUUUACCCUUCAGCACUUUUUGUUCCACUGUUUCUCCCCCACCAGUGUCACCUGCUAUUUCCCUCUUGCCCUGUUCGUGUCACUUGUUUUGCCUUGGAGUGGUAAAUUGAUAUGAGUGAUUUGUGUGAUUGUCCAGAUUGUGUUGCCUGCAGAUUUUUUUCUGCUUUCCCACUAUCCUAUGACCAUUAAUGUAGAUAUUAGAACCCAGAUAUUUUCAGGCCAUGGAUUGUGUUUUGCUAGCAAUACUGACAUUGUAUUGCUUGACCGUUAAUACUAUGUGAAUUGCUCAUAUCAUUUUUUUCCCUACACUAGACCUUUUUGCAUGCCUAUUUAGUUAAUUGCAUUUUUUAUUUAUUUGUUUUUAGGGUUCGUCUGAAACAGAAUAGAUAUCCGAUACUAUUUUUGACACAAGGGCAGUCUGAAAUAUACCCAGAGCUUAUGGAUCUCAGAUCUCGUUCAACACCAAUUGCAAUGAGUUUUGCUCAGUUUGAAAACCUCCUGGUAAGAUGUCUAUUGGAUCAUUGGUGCAUGUUAAAUAAUGAUUCAAUGCACUUCUGUCAUACCUCUAAAUGGGCCUUUUUGUAGUAGUUCCACAGGGUCUGCUCCCUCUGUAUGUAAAUCAUGUUAAACCUAGAAAUGACAGAUGUCUUGACUCAAUAUAGUCUUGCACAUAUCCUGUAAAUACCAUCCAGCAGAUAAAUAUGGGCCAGUGAAGUGUUUAUUUAAUUUUAAUAUACACUGAUCAGCCACAACAUUAAAACCACUGACAGGUGAAGUGAAAAACAUUGAUUAUAUAUUAGGCAGCAAGUGAACAGUCAGUUUUUGAAUUUCAUUUGUUGGAAGCAGAAUAAAUAGGCAAAAUAAAAGAUCUGAUUGACUUUGACAAGGGACAAAUAGUGAUGGCUAGAUGACUGGGUCAGAGCAUUUCCAAAACGGCAAGUCUUGUGGUUUUGUUAUCGAUGCAAAGAUUAGUACCUACCAAAAGUGGUGCAACGAAGACAACCAGUGAACCAUCAUCCGAAUCAUGGGCACCGAAGACUCACUGUUGCAUGUGGGGAGUGAUUGUUAGUCCAUCUGUUCCGAUCACACAGAACAUCUACAGCAACUCAAAUUGCUGCAAAACUCAAUUCUGGCUAGCUCGAAAGGUGUCAGACCACACAGCGCAUUGCGGUUUGCUGCGUCUGGGGCUAAAUAGCUGCAGACUGGUCAGAGUACUCAUGAUGACUCCUGUCCACCACCAAAACUGUUUUCAAUGGGGACAAGAGUGUCAGAACUGGACCAUGAAGCAAUGUGAGAAGGUUGCCUGGUCUGAUGAUUUAAAUUUUCUUAUUGAUCAGUUGGAUGGCCAGGUGCGUGUAUAUAGUUAAACUGGAAGAGAUGACAACAGGAUGCACUAUAGGAAGAAGGCAUGCCGUGGUCCUGGCAUGCCGUGGUCCUCUACUACCUAGAGAUUGUUGCAGACCACGUGCACCCCUUCAUGACAAUGGUGUUCCCUUGGUGUUCCCUUAUGGCAGUGGCCUCUUUCAGCAGGAUAAUGCACAGCAAAAAGUGUUCAGGAAUGGUUUGAGGAACAUGAUGAGUUCAAGGUUUUGCCUCGUCCUCCAAAUAUCAAUCAGAUUUAACAUCUGUGGAAUGUGCUGGAACAACAAAUUAGAUCCAUGGAGGCUCCACCACACAUCUUGCAGGACUUAAAGGAGCAGGUGCUAUUGUCUUGGUGCCAGAUACCACAGGAAGCGUUCAGAGGUCUUGUGGAGACCAUGCCGCAGCUCUUCGCGAAGGGUGAUAUUCGGCAGGUGGUUUGACAUAUUACAAGUUAACAAAAAGUUAGUGUUCAUUUAGUAUACAAAAUGAACAUGCACCCCUACUGUCAUGUUUUAUGUCUGUAAUUGACGAAGAUUCAAAAGAAGGCCUGGACAGCGUUCUAUGGGAAAUGUGCAUUUUAUAUUAAGUGUCUCACACUUGCUAUUUGAGCAAAGUAUGGUUUCUGCAUAUGUACUUUCCUCUCAAAGUGCAUAGAAGAUGCAGAGAACUCUCCAGGCUGACUGCUAGGGAUGGAGUUACAGGGAGAUAUUUAUAUUUUUUUGCAGUGCAGAUAGUUACAAGCAAGUUUGUGGUGCCACAACAGCAGCAAUAGACAGAAAUAGUCAGGCAUAGUGGGACAUAGCAUGGCAGGUAAAUACUGUACAUGUUUUUUUUGUUUAAGAUAAUAUAAUAACAUGCUGAAUAAGCAACUUGUCAGAGCUUAAGAAAAGACGAACAGAGUAAAACAUAAGUUGCACAUUUUUAGUUCUAUUAGAAUGAGCUGGUCAGAGCAUAGUUUAAGCAAGGAUUAAGAUGAGCUAGGCCAAUCCUAUCUAGCUGUGUAGACGUAUACGCUUGAGUCGAGUAGUUUGAGUAGAAAAGCAAGACAUCAGGUUAUCGUGCUAGCUAGACAGGUAAAGGUUAGUCAAAUCAGAUCUAUGAGUAUGUUAGAUCAUACAAGCUUGGAUACCAGGAUGUGUAAACGUGAUGUGAGGGUGUUGGGCAAACUAAACAUUUGUUAUGUUAAUAUAAAUAGCCUACACCUCAUUGGUGUUCAUAUGGUAAUUAAGGACUCAGAGCCUACAUAGACCUGAAAGCUUCAGGUAGCAUAAAAAUCUUUUGGAUGUUGGAGCACUCAAUCAAUACUACAGCAAUGCUUGGCAUUAGCUGUGUAAAAUAUGCGAACAAACAGAAAGGAACAAAAAUAAAUUUUCAUCUGCAAAAAAUUAAGGGCCUCUUGUUAGGCAUAGCAUAUUACUUGGUGUCUCUCAUGAACAAUGAGGAACUCCGGUUGCAGGUUUGGUUACCCGGUCAGCUGACCCCCCAACAGCGGUAGAGGUGGUUCCAGUGUAGGAAAAUCCCGGUGAGUAUAUACUGAAAUGUAGCAAUACAGGGCUCUACUCCAGCUCCAGGCCUGUGUGAGGGCCAGCAUCACAGUCCAUGGACUUGGGUGCACUUCAGGACCAAAUCCUUCCCCUGUCUGGGGUGUGCAGAGGGUUGUGGUGUUGCGGGCCGCUUAUGGCGCAUGAGUAGUAUGCAGUAGUAUGUCCCGGGUGACCGUCAUGAUUAGAGCCUCCGUGAGGUCAGGCAAGCACCCCCAACUUGGGUAGUGCUGAGCCGUGAGAAUCUCUUUUCUUUUCAAUCAGGCUUAGCACCCCAAAAUUAAGAUUUGCAGGAGCCCCGGGAACACGUCUGCUCAGCUAGCAAGCCAAGCUCCGCCCCCCACAGGAAGGUUUUGUAUUGCUUCCAGAGGUGUAUGUAUAGCUUUCCAUAUUGAGAUGCUGGACAUACAGGGACCUUGCACCAUGACCACUUCAAAACACUGAGGUCGUCAUAGUGCUCUGAAUAAAAAUGUCAAAUUAAGUACAUGAUUAUCAUGUGUUUUGUGUUUUUUUUACUUGGUGGCCCUUUUCUUUUUUUUUUUUUUUGUAAACAGGGGAUAAGUGUGCACACAGAAGAUCUACUGAAAAACCCACAUUACAUCAAGGAGGCAAAAUCUAAAGGCUUAGUUGUGUUUUGCUGGGGAGACGACACAAAUGAUCCAGAAAACAGGAAGCUAAUGAGAGAAUACGGCAUUGACGGAUUGAUUUAUGACAGGUUUGUGUGUGUUAUGUUUAAUACAAUAACAGCUAAUCAUCUGGAGAGAGUGCUCGGCUAAGCUUUUUUUACAUUUUUUUUUUUUUAAUAUUUGUUUCAUUAUUAAAUACAAAGAAAAACGUGUAAUAGGGAGAAAAUCCUGUUCAUCAAUAACCUCUGCAGGGUAAAAAUAUAAUUAAGGGGAGAGAGAAGGAAAAUAUACCUAUAAGGGAAAUGAAAAAUAACAUUGUUACUUUGUUUUUUAAAUUCCACAGUGCCCACUAUUUGUCUCCGAGAGACUCGUAUGGGAAUGGGGUAUACAUUUUGUUUCCCUUCACUAGCUUUGUUUAGUGAAGGAGUAUGUGAGUAUUUCCAAUAGUGGAAGAGUAGGGCUGCAGCAGUGAUUUUAGAAUGUGAGUGAACACUAUUAUUUGGCAUGUCUUACAGAUAUCUGUAUAGCCAGCACACUUUAUAUACAGGUUGAAAAGGAGGAGCACAGAAGUUUUUUUUUGGGGGUACAACUAUCAACUGUGUAAAGUGCCGACUGGGCAGCCUUUCCCUAUGUAGGGGUGGGAUUGCAGAUAAAUUGUAUGUCUUCAAGCGGGUGUCAUAAACCACUUGUACAGUAGCUUAUGCGGCUUUCCAUGUCUAGUAUUCUGUCACGAUCUAAUUUCUAACUUUUGUCCAUUGCUUUGGGCACAGAUCUAAAUUAAUUUCUUCCUCCCGUUUCAAGGUUUCAGGUGUUAUUGAAAGGUUCUUGUCCAUGGUAGUUUUAAUGCAAAGUAAUGGAAAUGUACAGAUAUUUGGGUUUUAACAUAAUCACAUUCUAUAGGAUCUUGAUGGAGAAUAGACUUGGCUAUAUUACACUUUUUUUUUUUACAAAAAUUUUGUGUUUAGCUUACAGUAUUUGUGUAUGAUAAUGGGGGGGAGGGAGUGUAUGUAUCUGGGCUAUUUGUGGUGGUGCGUGCAUGUAGGCUGUCUGCGAUAAGUGUAUACUUAUCAGAAUGUUCUUUUGUUGAACGUGGAGCAAACUGUUGAAGGGAAGGAGUUACCAAUGCAAUGUGCCUGCUGGUUUCCAUGUUCCACUAUUCAUACUUUAGAUCACAUUUUACAACUGAUCAAAAAUCUCUCCUAAUGUUUCUAUUUCUUCUAAUUUUAUUUUGGCCUCUUUAUGAUGACAGUAUAUUGGUUAUAUGAUAGGUAGCCAAAAAGGAUGUGCUCCGUUCUAAAAAAUAAGUAGAUACAAGUAGUGUGAAGUUUUGUUAUAUUUUUGUUUCAUUUACAGGGUUAUCUACUAAAGUGAGGAUUCAAAAUAAAUUUCCAAUUUAAGGCCAGAGUAGAACUGAAAGCAUACCCGAUUUCUUCUUUGAAUUCCAAAUUUAAGGUCAAAAUAGCCAAUUUGAAUUCAUCUUGAAUUUCCUCUUUAUGGAAUAACCCUGUUAGAAGAUAAGUCAACAUAGUGGGAAUUAAUUACUUUUAAGCCCUGAAGUGGAAAGAGUGCAUUAGACCACAGUUUUCCAUGCCAAUUCUCCAAGUACACGAACGACCUAUGUUUUGUCAGUGUCCCCACUGGAACAGAACAUCUUAUAAAUUGUGGGUGUGCCUUGCAGAUUGGCUUGGAAACACCACCCAUAGACUAUUAUCUAUUCACUGUAAUGUGUGCGUUUUUUCACUAUAAUAAACUUUUACUUCAUGAUGCUAAAUUAAUAAUAGUUAAGACAAGCUUUCAAGCGUUUUCCUUUUUUCCUCUGAUAUGAAGCAAUACUGAUCAACACUUAAUGUUCGAGAAGGGGAAGGGGUAAGUGGGGUGUCAUAAAUAGCGAGUAUGCCUGCAAGUGAAAGGUCCAGAUUGCUUGAGAAUAACCAGAACAAGUAAAUAAAGCACAUCAUAAACAGCAGAGAAAUAUCUGCAGCUGCAUAUAUGUUUAUAAAUUGCUCAGCUAUAAGUAAAGCAGUGGUAUUGUGAAAAAAAUGUACAAGCCAUUAAUAUGUGUUUUUUUUAUAUAAAGUUUUGGUAGUGUCAGAAAGCUAGAAGGACAUUUAGUCCUUCAUUUAUGGUGCUGAAAUGUGAUCAUUAAUCAUGUCUUUCGUUUCUGAAAGUCUUAAAAAUUCCCGUUAAGUAUUUUAACGUUGAAGUUUUGGAUGGAGUGACUAGUCUGGAUAAAGUAAUUCCCAACAAGGGUAAAGUAUGUGUUUUUCUUAUAGUUUUUGAUUGUCUGUGCAGCUAAUCUACUUUAUUUCAUUAUACAGGAUAUACGAUUGGAACCCUGAACAACCAAACAUAUUUCAGGUAGAACACAUGGAACGUUUGAAGAGAGAGCUACCUGAAGAAAUGCUCAAGAGUUGUCUCUGCCCAGUUCUGACAAGCCAUUAUGUCUGCAAUUCUGUCGUCUGUGUUAAUAACAAAAUCCACAUGGACACAAACGGUGUCUCCAAUGGUUUCUCCAAUCAUCAGCCAGCUUAAGGCUUUUUAAAGCGUCUCAGGGCAGCACACUGCUUAAACCUUCAUCAGUUCUUCUAAAGCAAUAACCAACCUGUUUUUGUUUGAGUACAGAACUAGCUUGCAUCUUAACAUUGGUUGGUCUUUUUAUUUAUAUAUAUAAUUUUUUUUUUUUUGCCAGACAUGGUUAUCAUUCCAGGAUACUGAACAAAAUUACAUGUUGUGAUGAGAAUUAGGAGAUUAAAUACCCAUAGCUGCAGGCAGAAUCAUGUAAUACAGAUUUUGUGUAGAGUAAAAAAAAAUGCUAUAUGUGACCACAAUACCUCAAAAGAGAAGUGUUAAUUUAUAUCCUUAAGUGCAAUAUAUACACAAGCAGCUCGACUCUAUAACACACAUGUCCAUCAUUGUACUGUAAGCAUAAUUAUUUCUGGCCAUUUACAGAUUACCUCAUAUGCAGUCUUUUGCACGGCAGAAUGCGCUGGUACACAAAUGUGCCAUUGUUUGAGAAUUUAACAUUUUAGUUUUUUGGUGCCAUGCUCCCUUAGCUUCUUGUAUCAUGUUGUGUGCUCUUGGUCUGUGUUGUAAAUAGACAUGAGUUUUAUCCACAUCUUGUGUGUGCGGAUUCCCCAAUCAGCCAGUUUUGUUUUGUACUACAGAUGAGGUUGCUUGGAGCCUCGUAGCAUGAGCAGACAACACUGCCUGCUUUGCAGUUAUUGAAUUCUGCUUAGCUUUCACAUUAACAUGGACAUGUUAAUGGGCCUUCGGCAUUUGCGGCCCUGCUCUUACAAUGCAGCUAAAUGCAAGAUACAAAUCUUUAAUGGUAAAAAAAAAAUAUAUAUUCUUUUUAGUGGCUAAGUAUUGUAAUAUUUCUUUAAAUAUAAAAUGUUUGGUCUUAAAAUACUUGGCAACCUUAAUAUAAAAAAAAGUGUAUUAUCAAGUGUAUGCAUGAAAUACAGAGCCUAAUUUACACCUGAGUAUACAAUACUUAAUUUUCCUGCUGACUGGAUGGCAAAAACUUCAAAAUGAAUACUUCUCACGGUGCCUAGGAAACCUACAAAAAGCCAAUAUAUAUGUAUACAUGUGCAUACAUUUGCUAAAUUUGUCUGUAAUGUUUUCCCAUAUUAAAUAAUAUGCAAGUCACUGUAGCUUGUGGAGCAGCAGCCUCUUCAUAUAAAGUGGAGCAGUGGCCUACCUUAAUGUACAGUAUGCUGUAUUCAGCUCUUGGAAGCAUGCUAAUAGUUCUAGCUAUUUAGUAUGAUUUUCUGGAUUAUGAACCAUCUUUUUUUAUUUUUUUAUUGUAAUAUCUUCAGAGCAAUUGGAAUGUAGUCUUGGGCUCUGUUCUACCACUUUAAUGACGUCUGUUUAUCUUUUCAUCUACAUUGAAAGUAAUUAAUGCCCAUUUGCUAUUCUUAAUCUCAUACACGCGUAUGUAAAUAAGUGAUGAGCUGUAUUUAUUUUUUUCUUAAUUUCUUGCGUGUGUUCGUAGGGAGGAUAUUUGUCUGAUGGCAUAAGGCAGAGAAUCCUGUUGACUAUGUUCAACGCACUCCAUAGUUUUCUACCAAUGCAUCCUCCUUCUCCCUCUACCUUUCCACACCAUUUACAUUGAAUAAUUGCUGAUCAGGACUGAGAACACUGGAAUGUUAUAACCCAGUGGGGUGACCAUAAAUAGCCUUUAAUUUAUGAUGUGGAACGUAUGAUCGAACUCUGAUGCUGAGUAAUAGCGCUACAACCCCACCUGCACUUAAAAGGGGCGAGGGAUUUAUAUGGCUGUUUUCUGAUUUCAAGAAAGAGGGGUUGUUGUUGCUUUAAGGUCACUAUAUUCAUAACUUGGUGCUUGACAAAUCAUGUAUUAAAUUAUUGCAGACAAGAUGGCGUUAUUAACCAUUAACCUGUGUAUAUGCAUGUCUCACAUGUAAUGUUUUCACUUUUAAUAGAGGAAUGUGUAAGUUGUUACUUUCUACUUGAAUAAAAAAAAUUUCUUUGAAUUGUUGGGUUUUUUUUUUGGUUUUUUUUUGGUUUAGUAAUGUGUAGAAAGCAAAACAAACCCAGUGUCUAAGUAAAACUAUGUAGUAGUUAAUUCGGCCUGCUGUGUUUAUGAAAAGUGAUGGGACCAAUUUCUCUCAUACACAAUAGAAUUGAACGCUGUAUAAAAAAAAAAGUGCUACAGCC